GUGGUAUUACUUUGUUGCUCACUGCGCUUAUCACUUUACCAGAUGGUUUGCACAAGAUUCCCGAGGAGCAGCGUAAGUUAACUUAAAUUUUGUUAGUUUUUGGUGAAGUCGAAAGCUUAUGAGGACAAAAAUGCAUGGUCAUCUUGGCAAGACAUUGUCCAUUGAACGACUGUUGAGCCCUGAUCCAAUUAAAAGAUUGCUUCCUUUUUUGAUUUGGGUCAGGGCAAACACCUAUUGAAUUUGUUAGGUAUAUGCAGUAACUAUUAGGCAGGGAUCAAACAGUUAGGGGGGUACUUUUAGCUGCGCUUUUCUUUUGUUUUGCAUGAAAGUACAUGUACCUUGGCGGAAGGUUCAUGCUUAUAGUAGCUGCGGGAAAUCCCUGCCCCCCCCCCCUCCCCUCUAACACCCCUCAACAACUUAAGAGAGUAUCGUAUGCGUAUUUUGUAUAAGAGGUACAGAUGGAUAACCAAGCUAUAGUUGCGUGUAUUCAGUAGCCUGUAUUGAUCUCAAACCGCAGCAGGAUUAGCUCAGUUGGUAGCUUGCUUGACUGCAGAGCAGGAGGUCAUGGAUUCGAUUCCCAGGGCCGCACCAAGUCCAAUCUCGACCCAGAGCACUUCUGCGCAUGUAGAGGAGAGAGCUACCAAGAGCUCUGGGGAUCCCUGGAGCAAGAUUGUCUCUGAUUUGUUUCAGCAAAAAACAAUAAAAGUGUUGCUGAUUGAUCCAUUCAAGUUCGCACGAGAGCGGUUGAAUGUGUGGUGUGUCUGGCUUGUGAGCGGGUUUUUCCCUAGAAAUGUUGAAGUAAACAUGACUGGCCGAUUCUUGAUUUCAGUGAUUCCAAAACAACAUUUGCAUGACUAAUAAUCAGGCAGAAUUACUGGAUUUUCCAAUUUUCAAAUAAAAUAGCUUAGCUACAUAUCGAAAAUUGAACCAGAAAAAGAUUUGAAUGUGAAAGACUAAAAUAAAAUACACCGACAUCUUUGCCAGCUAUAAUUUAAGAAGCAUAACACAUUACUGGUUUUUCUUUGACUUCCACGUUAUUGUAUUCACACAAAGUAGCCGAGUAUGAAUGAAAACUUGAGCUUCUUGUCGUAAAUUGCCUAAAACAGACUUGCAAGGAAAAACAGAAAAAGUAAAUCGUUCCCUAAAGUGAUGCAUGUACAAUGCGACUAGAUAUUUAUAGUUGUCUUCUUUUCCCAUGAUAUCGCAUUUCAAAGCUGCAGCUUCGCUGAAGUGCUGAUGUUCAUAUAAAUAAAAGGACGCUAAAUUCAUAUUUUGGAAAGUUUUAUUGGAAUUUCGAUACGUUUAUCUUAACAAGCCAUUUGGGUUUCACUUACUGCCUCUUGAAGUAGUCCACAGAAAUAUUUAAUCAACUGUCAAGCAUAUGCAAACUUCAAGUCUCAAAUCUGUGAUUGGGAACGUUUAACAGCUACCACAAGAGCCUUAGAUACCUGAAUAUUCCUCAAGGCCAUUAACUGAAUUUCUUCAGUUCUAAUACUGAAGCAGCACAAGACUUUCGCAAUGAAGUAGAUAUAAAAGAAACAAAAAGUUUUAGUUGGAUCAAAUAGCAUGUGCCGUGAGGCCCAAAUAGCCAGAUUCUGGCUACUCCAGUGCGCAGAGUUUCCAGAGCUUACGCGCACAUUCCCAAACCCGUAAGCACUGGGGUAGAGAAUGCACCAAGUCAGGGUCAUAAAGUAUGUUUUGAGAAAUGAAAGUACUUCUAUUGCCUUGUAAACGGCCCAACCUUUGCAUGGCUUGGAUGACGUACAUUACAAAUCAUGUACAUGUAAAUGGGAGUUCCAUCACUAGAAUGAGACAUUAAAAUAGUGUUCGUUGUCCUAAAUACAUUGACAAAAAAAAUGCAUCUUUUUUUUCAUGAACUGAUAACAAUAUUCAGUUAGUUUUAGAUGUUGAUUUAUUGCAUAAAUAUUGCAUUGAUAAUUGCAACCUUAUUUUUUCAACAGGAGACUUGCUGUUGUACUUUUGCCCUUAUGUUCAUUAUACCACAAGUAUAUGUGAUUCAGCUGUAAGUAUUGACUACUUAAUUUAUACAUAAUUUACAGUAACAUAAUCUUUUAGUAUAGUAGGACAAUGGGUGGAAAGAGCUGUUAACCAGUAGAAGUAUUCUCUUCUUUGACGCACAAAUGUAAAACCAGCUGGAAGACACAAAAUGGCCAAUUGAAGUAAAAGCAAGCCAGGUUAACAGGCUCUAUUUAUCAAUUUAGAAACAAGAAGAAAACUGAGCCAAGUUAACUAUCACAAUGACUUCUGAGACUGAUACUAGGGACAGGGAAAAAACUUUGGUCAAAAACUUUGUAGCUGACAAGCACGCCCUCAGUAGCGAUCCCAGAAACAAUAAUUAAUAUGUUACAUAUAAAGUUCUGACUGAGACUGAAUGAAAUACACGAGGUGCGAAAGUUUGCUCCUUUUAAAGGCUUUUUUUUUGUUUUUGUUGUUGUUGUUGUUGUUUUUUCGUCACUUGAAAAUUACUUUGGAUUCAGAACAACCAAUGUUAAAAACAGAUCAUCCGUCAGUCUGAGGAGGAAUAAAACAAUUUGAACAUUUCCAAAGAGGUUUGUAUUUUUCUGAUAAUAGGCCACUUGCACUAAGAGGUCACGUGACCAAUACUUCCCUUAAACGAUUAGUUGGAAUCCUGCUGAUGCCAAAAAUUGACAGAGCACAUAAAAAUUAUCUUACAUGCGACAUUUGAGAGAAAAAACCAUUUAAGGGAGAUAUUUUAUGGCACUUUGAUUUUUCAACAAAGUAGUAUGAUUUGUAUUGGCCGUCAUGUUGGAGGGCAUACUCUUGCCCUCCAACAUGGCGGCCAAAACUACUUUUUGCUUACAUCUUGUUGAACUUUUGAUAGUUAUGUUCAGAUGUGCUACAAACGUUACCACAUCAUUUUUCAACAUUUUCCUUGGAAGUUUAAGUGCAAAAUUUGUGUUCAGAAAGAAGUGAUUUGUAAUUUUCAAAAUCACAUUUUGGUCUCGCGACCAGCUACAAACUUACUCAUUUUAUGACAGCGGUGCAGGUUUGAAAAACCAAAUCAGUAUUAUUUUGUUUAGAAUAUGACCCACUAAUCAUUUUUUGAAGGCAAAAUUAUAUAACUUUCAUCUUCAUAAAACGAUGUCACAUGACCUCUUAGUGCAAAUGGCCCAUUGUGCAUUCGAUUUGUGAAUUGAUUUUGUGUCCAGUUCUUCACCUUCUUUCGCCGGACUGAAUUAAAACCCGCUUGUAUUCUGUUAUUAGUAGUUACGGUUAGUUUUUUUACAUGGCCAGAUUUAUUUACCUUCGCAGAACCGGCUUUAUCCUCGUCUUAUGUCAAAGAACCGUAAUGCUAAUGCUUGGGAGUGAACAAACUUGGGCGCUUAAAACUUCCUCGGAACUUUAGAAGGCCAGCAAGCUUACUCGAGAAGAAAAGACCACUUCGAUAAUUUUUCUGUUGCUCAAGUAAUAAUAGUCAGAGUUUUUUUCCUUUAGUUUUUUCAGUUUUAAUUACAUAGUUUUGUUAUCUUUCUGUACGCAAAUUUUCCUUUCACUCGCUGUGAAGUAGCGCGGAGAACAACAACUGCCGGCAGUGACUCCAAAACAAUCGACUCUUUGCCCGUUAACAAUUGCUGGAGCUGGAUUUGACUGAAGCGAGCAAAAGAAAUCCUUAUGUGCAGUUUUCUGUAUUUUCUGAUUUAGUUUGCUGAGUUUAAUUUGCUUGAAUGAAGACCCUCGCAUGGACCAGUUAUUAAAAGUAGCUAAUCUACCUAAGUAGUCGGAAUCAUGGCUUGGCUGCGAAGCUUGCAACUGAUCUUUUGCUAUUAAGAUCUUUAGGUACAAUCAGGGACAAAAGUAGUUGACACACUUGUUUAGAACGGGUGCUUUUAUCAAACAUUUACUUCAUUUAUUAUUUCAUUCCUUUUAAACGCCAUAAAUCCCCUCACCCCCUGAAUCAAUGUUGUCUGAAGUAAAAGAAAGAGUUGAGGGUCCAAAAUACAACAUUGAUUUUGGGGGCGAGGGGUGGAGGUAGACAGGGGAAGGGGAUAGGUAAGUCCAGUAUUCAAAAAGGGGCCAUUUUACGAAAGUGUCUCAACACUUUUGUCCCUCAUUGUCUGAAUGCAAAAUUGUACUACUGCACACAAGUUGAGCUCUGUAUGACAAUGAUUUUAACUGAAAUUAAAGCAAUCAAUGACAUAAUUAUGUUAUUGGUGGUGGGGUUGACAUUGACUUCUUCACGACCGAAAUAUAGGGCCAAUUCGAAUUACGUGAUGACGUAAUAAAAGGGCUGCGGUAUCCAGAAUUAACGGCAAUAUAGUUUACAAGCUAAAAACUGAGGCUAAAACUCGCGCACAUGUACAACUUUUGGUGAAUUUCAAGAGUAUGCGUACUGAAAAUAUUUUUAAUAAAGUGAAUAUUCCUCUUUCUUUACUUUAUCCGAUUGAUAAGACGCAAACAAUCAGGGGCAGCGUAAGGAUUGACACGUAUUGGGGAUAAUCACUGGCCGGCCACGGAAAUAUGGAGCGUUAGUGAGGAUCGGCCAUCACUGCGUUCAAUAUCGGAACUACGGAAAAGUGAAGGUAAAUUCAUGGUCAAUUUAAUAAAAACUAAGGACAGCGUAACAAAUAUUACAAGUGUACGCGAAAACAAUUACUUUCAAUCCCACCUGGUGACACCCUGUGUGACAUGAUAACGCAACGCAAAUAGCGUGACAUGAGCGCAUAUGUCUGUGUAUUUGGACUGCAUUUCUCAAGCGAAACCCUCUGUUUUUCUCUAUUGUCGGCAGGAAAAAUGAAAACAGAGCUUUAAAACGUGAACUGGUAUCUGACUCUCAAAGAAAACGACAGCUCAAACUGAGGAAAACACUGCUUCCUUCGUGAUACAACGGUUAACCACGUUUCGGCAAACGGAAAGUAACAUUAGUCUGUUAUGACCUCUUAAUGCCGAUAUGUUUUCUCGUGGUUAACCGUUAAAACUCCUUAUUUGCACCACAUCGCUGCAAUGUUGCUCGCCAAGAAUAAGUAUUGCAAAGCACUUUCUACAUAGCGAGAUCUUCUUUUGCCUUUUGUGAGGAAUUAGGGGCAUGAAAACGGAAAAUUUUCCAGCUCACGGCCGUCAUCGAUCACGUGCCAAUCCCGCUCUCCUUGUCAUCAAGUGAACUUCUGGGCCACAGUAAUUGUUUUUUUGGUGAGAUACAGACUGGUCUGUCUAUCUUGAAAACAAUUUCUUUAGCAUUAUGUGAUUUAGGAGCUGGGAAAUGAACUAGAAUAAAUGAAUAACUGGCAGGCGGUCAUCUAAAAUCAUUACAAAAGUACAUUCCUAACCUGUUCUACGCCUACCUACGCUAAAGGUUUGGAUCUGUUAGGUUUGAAAAGGUCUCAAAAAAAAAAAAAAAACACUUAUAGGGCAUAGCAGAAACGGCUGGCCCAUCAUUUAUGAGGUUCAUAUCCUGUAUAUUGCUCACGUCCUUUCACCAAUGGCACAAGUCAGUGUCGAAAAUAAUGCAUGUCCGCUCCGUUUAAUACUCUGCAGUAUUUCAUUAUCUUAAGUUGACUAUUCAUGCACACAAGAACAAUUUUCAUUGUACCUUGGUGUUUCCAUCAUUUUCCACUAGUGUUAAUACUUGUGAAAACAUUACAUCCGCAGCAACGGCAGUGAUCACAACACAAAUGAUUUCCUCUCCACCCGACAGGGUAUCAGGAACGCGCGGGAGUACAAGAUUAAGUAAUGACAUACGCGUAGUACAUUUUACUGUACGUGUACUACAAAUCACGACGAAAAUUUACAAAUGGUUGUUUGUACACAAACAAUUUGGCCCAUAGAGUAACGUCAUGGCACAACAAUUCAGCAGCGUCAAAAAUCUAGCCGGAAAACAUAGAUACAUAUUUCAGACAUGUCUGAAUGCAAAAUUGUACUACUGCACACAAGUUGAGCUCUGUAUGACAAUGAUUUUAACUGAAAUUAAAGCAAUCAAUGACAUAAUUAUGUUAUUGGUGGUGGGGUUGACAUUGACUUCUUCACGACCGAAAUAUAGGGCCAAUUCGAAUUACGUGAUGACGUAAUAAAAGGGCUGCGGUAUCCAGAAUUAACGGCAAUAUAGUUUACAAGCUAAAAACUGAGGCUAAAACUCGCGCACAUGUACAACUUUUGGUGAAUUUCAAGAGUAUGCGUACUGAAAAUAUUUUUAAUAAAGUGAAUAUUCCUCUUUCUUUACUUUAUCCGAUUGAUAAGACGCAAACAAUCAGGGGCAGCGUAAGGAUUGACACGUAUUGGGGAUAAUCACUGGCCGGCCACGGAAAUAUGGAGCGUUAGUGAGGAUCGGCCAUCACUGCGUUCAAUAUCGGAACUACGGAAAAGUGAAGGUAAAUUCAUGGUCAAUUUAAUAAAAAACUAAGGACAGCGUAACAAAUAUUACAAGUGUACGCGAAAACAAUUACUUUCAAUCCCACCUGGUGACACCCUGUGUGACAUGAUAACGCAACGCAAAUAGCGUGACAUGAGCGCAUAUGUCUGUGUAUUUGGACUGCAUUUCUCAAGCGAAACCCUCUGUUUUUCUCUAUUGUCGGCAGGAAAAAUGAAAACAGAGCUUUAAAACGUGAACUGGUAUCUGACUCUCAAAGAAAACGACAGCUCAAACUGAGGAAAACACUGCUUCCUUCGUGAUACAACGGUUAACCACGUUUCGGCAAACGGAAAGUAACAUUAGUCUGUUAUGACCUCUUAAUGCCGAUAUGUUUUCUCGUGGUUAACCGUUAAAACUCCUUAUUUGCACCACAUCGCUGCAAUGUUGCUCGCCAAGAAUAAGUAUUGCAAAGCACUUUCUACAUAGCGAGAUCUUCUUUUGCCUUUUGUGAGGAAUUAGGGGCAUGAAAACGGAAAAUUUUCCAGCUCACGGCCGUCAUCGAUCACGUGCCAAUCCCGCUCUCCUUGUCAUCAAGUGAACUUCUGGGCCACAGUAAUUGUUUUUUGGUGAGAUACAGACUGGUCUGUCUAUCUUGAAAACAAUUUCUUUAGCAUUAUGUGAUUUAGGAGCUGGGAAAUGAACUAGAAUAAAUGAAUAACUGGCAGGCGGUCAUCUAAAAUCAUUACAAAAGUACAUUCCUAACCUGUUCUACGCCUACCUACGCUAAAGGUUUGGAUCUGUUAGGUUUGAAAAGGUCUCAAAAAAAAAAAAAAAAACACUUAUAGGGCAUAGCAGAAACGGCUGGCCCAUCAUUUAUGAGGUUCAUAUCCUGUAUAUUGCUCACGUCCUUUCACCAAUGGCACAAGUCAGUGUCGAAAAUAAUGCAUGUCCGCUCCGUUUAAUACUCUGCAGUAUUUCAUUAUCUUAAGUUGACUAUUCAUGCACACAAGAACAAUUUUCAUUGUACCUUGGUGUUUCCAUCAUUUUCCACUAGUGUUAAUACUUGUGAAAACAUUACAUCCGCAGCAACGGCAGUGAUCACAACACAAAUGAUUUCCUCUCCACCCGACAGGGUAUCAGGAACGCGCGCGGAGUACAAGAUUAAGUAAUGACAUACGCGUAGUACAUUUUACUGUACGUGUACUACAAAUCACGACGAAAAUUUACAAAUGGUUGUUUGUACACAAACAAUUUGGCCCAUAGAGUAACGUCAUGGCACAACAAUUCAGCAGCGUCAAAAAUCUAGCCGGAAAACAUAGAUACAUAUUUCAGACAUGUCUGAAUGCAAAAUUGUACUACUGCACACAAGUUGAGCUCUGUAUGACAAUGAUUUUAACUGAAAUUAAAGCAAUCAAUGACAUAAUUAUGUUAUUGGUGGUGGGGUUGACAUUGACUUCUUCACGACCGAAAUAUAGGGCCAAUUCGAAUUACGUGAUGACGUAAUAAAAGGGCUGCGGUAUCCAGAAUUAACGGCAAUAUAGUUUACAAGCUAAAAACUGAGGCUAAAACUCGCGCACAUGUACAACUUUUGGUGAAUUUCAAGAGUAUGCGUACUGAAAAUAUUUUUAAUAAAGUGAAUAUUCCUCUUUCUUUACUUUAUCCGAUUGAUAAGACGCAAACAAUCAGGGGCAGCGUAAGGAUUGACACGUAUUGGGGAUAAUCACUGGCCGGCCACGGAAAUAUGGAGCGUUAGUGAGGAUCGGCCAUCACUGCGUUCAAUAUCGGAACUACGGAAAAGUGAAGGUAAAUUCAUGGUCAAUUUAAUAAAAAACUAAGGACAGCGUAACAAAUAUUACAAGUGUACGCGAAAACAAUUACUUUCAAUCCCACCUGGUGACACCCUGUGUGACAUGAUAACGCAACGCAAAUAGCGUGACAUGAGCGCAUAUGUCUGUGUAUUUGGACUGCAUUUCUCAAGCGAAACCCUCUGUUUUUCUCUAUUGUCGGCAGGAAAAAUGAAAACAGAGCUUUAAAACGUGAACUGGUAUCUGACUCUCAAAGAAAACGACAGCUCAAACUGAGGAAAACACUGCUUCCUUCGUGAUACAACGGUUAACCACGUUUCGGCAAACGGAAAGUAACAUUAGUCUGUUAUGACCUCUUAAUGCCGAUAUGUUUUCUCGUGGUUAACCGUUAAAACUCCUUAUUUGCACCACAUCGCUGCAAUGUUGCUCGCCAAGAAUAAGUAUUGCAAAGCACUUUCUACAUAGCGAGAUCUUCUUUUGCCUUUUUGUGAGGAAUUAGGGGCAUGAAAACGGAAAAUUUUCCAGCUCACGGCCGUCAUCGAUCACGUGCCAAUCCCGCUCUCCUUGUCAUCAAGUGAACUUCUGGGCCACAGUAAUUGUUUUUUUGUGAGAUACAGACUGGUCUGUCUAUCUUGAAAACAAUUUCUUUAGCAUUAUGUGAUUUAGGAGCUGGGAAAUGAACUAGAAUAAAUGAAUAACUGGCAGGCGGUCAUCUAAAAUCAUUACAAAAGUACAUUCCUAACCUGUUCUACGCCUACCUACGCUAAAGGUUUGGAUCUGUUAGGUUUGAAAAGGUCUCAAAAAAAAGAAAAACACUUAUAGGGCAUAGCAGAAACGGCUGGCCCAUCAUUUAUGAGGUUCAUAUCCUGUAUAUUGCUCACGUCCUUUCACCAAUGGCACAAGUCAGUGUCGAAAAUAAUGCAUGUCCGCUCCGUUUAAUACUCUGCAGUAUUUCAUUAUCUUAAGUUGACUAUUCAUGCACACAAGAACAAUUUUCAUUGUACCUUGGUGUUUCCAUCAUUUUUCCACUAGUGUUAAUACUUGUGAAAACAUUACAUCCGCAGCAACGGCAGUGAUCACAACACAAAUGAUUUCCUCUCCACCCGACAGGGUAUCAGGAACGCGCGCGGGAGUACAAGAUUAAGUAAUGACAUACGCGUAGUACAUUUUACUGUACGUGUACUACAAAUCACGACGAAAAUUUACAAAUGGUUGUUUGUACACAAACAAUUUGGCCCAUAGAGUAACGUCAUGGCACAACAAUUCAGCAGCGUCAAAAAUCUAGCCGGAAAACAUAGAUACAUAUUUCAGACAUGUCUGAAUGCAAAAUUGUACUACUGCACACAAGUUGAGCUCUGUAUGACAAUGAUUUUAACUGAAAUUAAAGCAAUCAAUGACAUAAUUAUGUUAUUGGUGGUGGGGUUGACAUUGACUUCUUCACGACCGAAAUAUAGGGCCAAUUCGAAUUACGUGAUGACGUAAUAAAAGGGCUGCGGUAUCCAGAAUUAACGGCAAUAUAGUUUACAAGCUAAAAACUGAGGCUAAAACUCGCGCACAUGUACAACUUUUGGUGAAUUUCAAGAGUAUGCGUACUGAAAAUAUUUUUAAUAAAGUGAAUAUUCCUCUUUCUUUACUUUAUCCGAUUGAUAAGACGCAAACAAUCAGGGGCAGCGUAAGGAUUGACACGUAUUGGGGAUAAUCACUGGCCGGCCACGGAAAUAUGGAGCGUUAGUGAGGAUCGGCCAUCACUGCGUUCAAUAUCGGAACUACGGAAAAGUGAAGGUAAAUUCAUGGUCAAUUUAAUAAAAAACUAAGGACAGCGUAACAAAUAUUACAAGUGUACGCGAAAACAAUUACUUUCAAUCCCACCUGGUGACACCCUGUGUGACAUGAUAACGCAACGCAAAUAGCGUGACAUGAGCGCAUAUGUCUGUGUAUUUGGACUGCAUUUCUCAAGCGAAACCCUCUGUUUUUCUCUAUUGUCGGCAGGAAAAAUGAAAACAGAGCUUUAAAACGUGAACUGGUAUCUGACUCUCAAAGAAAACGACAGCUCAAACUGAGGAAAACACUGCUUCCUUCGUGAUACAACGGUUAACCACGUUUCGGCAAACGGAAAGUAACAUUAGUCUGUUAUGACCUCUUAAUGCCGAUAUGUUUUCUCGUGGUUAACCGUUAAAACUCCUUAUUUGCACCACAUCGCUGCAAUGUUGCUCGCCAAGAAUAAGUAUUGCAAAGCACUUUCUACAUAGCGAGAUCUUCUUUUGCCUUUUGUGAGGAAUUAGGGCAUGAAAACGGAAAAUUUUCCAGCUCACGGCCGUCAUCGAUCACGUGCCAAUCCCGCUCUCCUUGUCAUCAAGUGAACUUCUGGGCCACAGUAAUUGUUUUUUUGGUGAGAUACAGACUGGUCUGUCUAUCUUGAAAACAAUUUCUUUAGCAUUAUGUGAUUUAGGAGCUGGGAAAUGAACUAGAAUAAAUGAAUAACUGGCAGGCGGUCAUCUAAAAUCAUUACAAAAGUACAUUCCUAACCUGUUCUACGCCUACCUACGCUAAAGGUUUGGAUCUGUUAGGUUUGAAAAGGUCUCAAAAAAAAGAAAAACACUUAUAGGGCAUAGCAGAAACGGCUGGCCCAUCAUUUAUGAGGUUCAUAUCCUGUAUAUUGCUCACGUCCUUUCACCAAUGGCACAAGUCAGUGUCGAAAAUAAUGCAUGUCCGCUCCGUUUAAUACUCUGCAGUAUUUCAUUAUCUUAAGUUGACUAUUCAUGCACACAAGAACAAUUUUCAUUGUACCUUGGUGUUUCCAUCAUUUUUCCACUAGUGUUAAUACUUGUGAAAACAUUACAUCCGCAGCAACGGCAGUGAUCACAACACAAAUGAUUUCCUCUCCACCCGACAGGGUAUCAGGAACGCGCGCGGGAGUACAAGAUUAAGUAAUGACAUACGCGUAGUACAUUUUACUGUACGUGUACUACAAAUCACGACGAAAAUUUACAAAUGGUUGUUUGUACACAAACAAUUUGGCCCAUAGAGUAACGUCAUGGCACAACAAUUCAGCAGCGUCAAAAAUCUAGCCGGAAAACAUAGAUACAUAUUUCAGACAUGUCUGAAUGCAAAAUUGUACUACUGCACACAAGUUGAGCUCUGUAUGACAAUGAUUUUAACUGAAAUUAAAGCAAUCAAUGACAUAAUUAUGUUAUUGGUGGUGGGGUUGACAUUGACUUCUUCACGACCGAAAUAUAGGGCCAAUUCGAAUUACGUGAUGACGUAAUAAAAGGGCUGCGGUAUCCAGAAUUAACGGCAAUAUAGUUUACAAGCUAAAAACUGAGGCUAAAACUCGCGCACAUGUACAACUUUUGGUGAAUUUCAAGAGUAUGCGUACUGAAAAUAUUUUUUAAUAAAGUGAAUAUUCCUCUUUCUUUACUUUAUCCGAUUGAUAAGACGCAAACAAUCAGGGGCAGCGUAAGGAUUGACACGUAUUGGGGAUAAUCACUGGCCGGCCACGGAAAUAUGGAGCGUUAGUGAGGAUCGGCCAUCACUGCGUUCAAUAUCGGAACUACGGAAAAGUGAAGGUAAAUUCAUGGUCAAUUUAAUAAAAAACUAAGGACAGCGUAACAAAUAUUACAAGUGUACGCGAAAACAAUUACUUUCAAUCCCACCUGGUGACACCCUGUGUGACAUGAUAACGCAACGCAAAUAGCGUGACAUGAGCGCAUAUGUCUGUGUAUUUGGACUGCAUUUCUCAAGCGAAACCCUCUGUUUUUCUCUAUUGUCGGCAGGAAAAAUGAAAACAGAGCUUUAAAACGUGAACUGGUAUCUGACUCUCAAAGAAAACGACAGCUCAAACUGAGGAAAACACUGCUUCCUUCGUGAUACAACGGUUAACCACGUUUCGGCAAACGGAAAGUAACAUUAGUCUGUUAUGACCUCUUAAUGCCGAUAUGUUUUCUCGUGGUUAACCGUUAAAACUCCUUAUUUGCACCACAUCGCUGCAAUGUUGCUCGCCAAGAAUAAGUAUUGCAAAGCACUUUCUACAUAGCGAGAUCUUCUUUUGCCUUUUGUGAGGAAUUAGGGGCAUGAAAACGGAAAAUUUUCCAGCUCACGGCCGUCAUCGAUCACGUGCCAAUCCCGCUCUCCUUGUCAUCAAGUGAACUUCUGGGCCACAGUAAUUGUUUUUUUGGUGAGAUACAGACUGGUCUGUCUAUCUUGAAAACAAUUUCUUUAGCAUUAUGUGAUUUAGGAGCUGGGAAAUGAACUAGAAUAAAUGAAUAACUGGCAGGCGGUCAUCUAAAAUCAUUACAAAAAGUACAUUCCUAACCUGUUCUACGCCUACCUACGCUAAAGGUUUGGAUCUGUUAGGUUUGAAAAGGUCUCAAAAAAAAAAAAACACUUAUAGGGCAUAGCAGAAACGGCUGGCCCAUCAUUUAUGAGGUUCAUAUCCUGUAUAUUGCUCACGUCCUUUCACCAAUGGCACAAGUCAGUGUCGAAAAUAAUGCAUGUCCGCUCCGUUUAAUACUCUGCAGUAUUUCAUUAUCUUAAGUUGACUAUUCAUGCACACAAGAACAAUUUUCAUUGUACCUUGGUGUUUCCAUCAUUUUUCCACUAGUGUUAAUACUUGUGAAAACAUUACAUCCGCAGCAACGGCAGUGAUCACAACACAAAUGAUUUCCUCUCCACCCGACAGGGUAUCAGGAACGCGCGCGGAGUACAAGAUUAAGUAAUGACAUACGCGUAGUACAUUUUACUGUACGUGUACUACAAAUCACGACGAAAAUUUACAAAUGGUUGUUUGUACACAAACAAUUUGGCCCAUAGAGUAACGUCAUGGCACAACAAUUCAGCAGCGUCAAAAAUCUAGCCGGAAAACAUAGAUACAUAUUUCAGACUGUCUGAAUGCAAAAUUGUACUACUGCACACAAGUUGAGCUCUGUAUGACAAUGAUUUUAACUGAAAUUAAAGCAAUCAAUGACAUAAUUAUUUAUUGGUGGUGGGGGGUUGACAUUGACUUCUUCACGACCGAAAUAUAGGGCCAAUUCGAAUUACGUGAUGACGUAAUAAAAGGGCUGCGGUAUCCAGAAUUAACGGCAAUAUAGUUUACAAGCUAAAAACUGAGGCUAAAACUCGCGCACAUGUACAACUUUUGGUGAAUUUCAAGAGUAUGCGUACUGAAAAUAUUUUUAAUAAAGUGAAUAUUCCUCUUUCUUUACUUUAUCCGAUUGAUAAGACGCAAACAAUCAGGGGCAGCGUAAGGAUUGACACGUAUUGGGGAUAAUCACUGGCCGGCCACGGAAAUAUGGAGCGUUAGUGAGGAUCGGCCAUCACUGCGUUCAAUAUCGGAACUACGGAAAAGUGAAGGUAAAUUCAUGGUCAAUUUAAUAAAAAACUAAGGACAGCGUAACAAAUAUUACAAGUGUACGCGAAAACAAUUACUUUCAAUCCCACCUGGUGACACCCUGUGUGACAUGAUAACGCAACGCAAAUAGCGUGACAUGAGCGCAUAUGUCUGUGUAUUUGGACUGCAUUUCUCAAGCGAAACCCUCUGUUUUUCUCUAUUGUCGGCAGGAAAAAUGAAAACAGAGCUUUAAAACGUGAACUGGUAUCUGACUCUCAAAGAAAACGACAGCUCAAACUGAGGAAAACACUGCUUCCUUCGUGAUACAACGGUUAACCACGUUUCGGCAAACGGAAAGUAACAUUAGUCUGUUAUGACCUCUUAAUGCCGAUAUGUUUUCUCGUGGUUAACCGUUAAAACUCCUUAUUUGCACCACAUCGCUGCAAUGUUGCUCGCCAAGAAUAAGUAUUGCAAAGCACUUUCUACAUAGCGAGAUCUUCUUUUGCCUUUUGUGAGGAAUUAGGGGCAUGAAAACGGAAAAUUUUCCAGCUCACGGCCGUCAUCGAUCACGUGCCAAUCCCGCUCUCCUUGUCAUCAAGUGAACUUCUGGGCCACAGUAAUUGUUUUUUUGGUGAGAUACAGACUGGUCUGUCUAUCUUGAAAACAAUUUCUUUAGCAUUAUGUGAUUUAGGAGCUGGGAAAUGAACUAGAAUAAAUGAAUAACUGGCAGGCGGUCAUCUAAAAUCAUUACAAAAGUACAUUCCUAACCUGUUCUACGCCUACCUACGCUAAAGGUUUGGAUCUGUUAGGUUUGAAAAGGUCUCAAAAAAAAGAAAAACACUUAUAGGGCAUAGCAGAAACGGCUGGCCCAUCAUUUAUGAGGUUCAUAUCCUGUAUAUUGCUCACGUCCUUUCACCAAUGGCACAAGUCAGUGUCGAAAAUAAUGCAUGUCCGCUCCGUUUAAUACUCUGCAGUAUUUCAUUAUCUUAAGUUGACUAUUCAUGCACACAAGAACAAUUUUCAUUGUACCUUGGUGUUUCCAUCAUUUUUCCACUAGUGUUAAUACUUGUGAAAACAUUACAUCCGCAGCAACGGCAGUGAUCACAACACAAAUGAUUUCCUCUCCACCCGACAGGGUAUCAGGAACGCGCGCGGGAGUACAAGAUUAAGUAAUGACAUACGCGUAGUACAUUUUACUGUACGUGUACUACAAAUCACGACGAAAAUUUACAAAUGGUUGUUUGUACACAAACAAUUUGGCCCAUAGAGUAACGUCAUGGCACAACAAUUCAGCAGCGUCAAAAAUCUAGCCGGAAAACAUAGAUACAUAUUUCAGACAAUCAGGGACAAAAGUAGUUGACACACUUGUUUAGAACGGGUGCUUUUAUCAAACAUUUACUUCAUUUAUUAUUUCAUUCCUUUUAAACGCCAUAAAUCCCCUCACCCCCUGAAUCAAUGUUGUCUGAAGUAAAAGAAAGAGUUGAGGGUCCAAAAUACAACAUUGAUUUUGGGGGCGAGGGGUGGAGGUAGACAGGGAAGGGGAUAGGUAAGUCCAGUAUUCAAAAAGGGGCCAUUUUUACGAAAGUGUCUCAACACUUUUGUCCCUCAUUGUCUGAAUGCAAAAUGUACUACUGCACACAAGUUGAGCUCUGUAUGACAAUGAUUUUAACUGAAAUUAAAGCAAUCAAUGACAUAAUUAUGUUAUUGGUGGUGGGGUUGACAUUGACUUCUUCACGACCGAAAUAUAGGGCCAAUUCGAAUUACGUGAUGACGUAAUAAAAGGGCUGCGGUAUCCAGAAUUAACGGCAAUAUAGUUUACAAGCUAAAAACUGAGGCUAAAACUCGCGCACAUGUACAACUUUUGGUGAAUUUCAAGAGUAUGCGUACUGAAAAUAUUUUUAAUAAAGUGAAUAUUCCUCUUUCUUUACUUUAUCCGAUUGAUAAGACGCAAACAAUCAGGGGCAGCGUAAGGAUUGACACGUAUUGGGGAUAAUCACUGGCCGGCCACGGAAAUAUGGAGCGUUAGUGAGGAUCGGCCAUCACUGCGUUCAAUAUCGGAACUACGGAAAAGUGAAGGUAAAUUCAUGGUCAAUUUAAUAAAAAACUAAGGACAGCGUAACAAAUAUUACAAGUGUACGCGAAAACAAUUACUUUCAAUCCCACCUGGUGACACCCUGUGUGACAUGAUAACGCAACGCAAAUAGCGUGACAUGAGCGCAUAUGUCUGUGUAUUUGGACUGCAUUUCUCAAGCGAAACCCUCUGUUUUUCUCUAUUGUCGGCAGGAAAAAUGAAAACAGAGCUUUAAAACGUGAACUGGUAUCUGACUCUCAAAGAAAACGACAGCUCAAACUGAGGAAAACACUGCUUCCUUCGUGAUACAACGGUUAACCACGUUUCGGCAAACGGAAAGUAACAUUAGUCUGUUAUGACCUCUUAAUGCCGAUAUGUUUUCUCGUGGUUAACCGUUAAAACUCCUUAUUUGCACCACAUCGCUGCAAUGUUGCUCGCCAAGAAUAAGUAUUGCAAAGCACUUUCUACAUAGCGAGAUCUUCUUUUGCCUUUUGUGAGGAAUUAGGGGCAUGAAAACGGAAAAUUUUCCAGCUCACGGCCGUCAUCGAUCACGUGCCAAUCCCGCUCUCCUUGUCAUCAAGUGAACUUCUGGGCCACAGUAAUUGUUUUUUUUGGUGAGAUACAGACUGGUCUGUCUAUCUUGAAAACAAUUUCUUUAGCAUUAUGUGAUUUAGGAGCUGGGAAAUGAACUAGAAUAAAUGAAUAACUGGCAGGCGGUCAUCUAAAAUCAUUACAAAAGUACAUUCCUAACCUGUUCUACGCCUACCUACGCUAAAGGUUUGGAUCUGUUAGGUUUGAAAAGGUCUCAAAAAAAAGAAAAACACUUAUAGGGCAUAGCAGAAACGGCUGGCCCAUCAUUUAUGAGGUUCAUAUCCUGUAUAUUGCUCACGUCCUUUCACCAAUGGCACAAGUCAGUGUCGAAAAUAAUGCAUGUCCGCUCCGUUUAAUACUCUGCAGUAUUUCAUUAUCUUAAGUUGACUAUUCAUGCACACAAGAACAAUUUUCAUUGUACCUUGGUGUUUCCAUCAUUUUUCCACUAGUGUUAAUACUUGUGAAAACAUUACAUCCGCAGCAACGGCAGUGAUCACAACACAAAUGAUUUCCUCUCCACCCGACAGGGUAUCAGGAACGCGCGGGGAGUACAAGAUUAAGUAAUGACAUACGCGUAGUACAUUUUACUGUACGUGUACUACAAAUCACGACGAAAAUUUACAAAUGGUUGUUUGUACACAAACAAUUUGGCCCAUAGAGUAACGUCAUGGCACAACAAUUCAGCAGCGUCAAAAAUCUAGCCGGAAAACAUAGAUACAUAUUUCAGACAAUCAGGGACAAAAGUAGUUGACACACUUGUUUAGAACGGGUGCUUUUAUCAAACAUUUACUUCAUUUAUUAUUUCAUUCCUUUUAAACGCCAUAAAUCCCCUCACCCCUGAAUCAAUGUUGUCUGAAGUAAAAGAAAGAGUUGAGGGUCCAAAAUACAACAUUGAUUUUGGGGGCGAGGGGUGGAGGUAGACAGGGGAAGGGGAUAGGUAAGUCCAGUAUUCAAAAAGGGGCCAUUUUACGAAAGUGUCUCAACACUUUUGUCCCUCAUUGUCUGAAUGCAAAAUUGUACUACUGCACACAAGUUGAGCUCUGUAUGACAAUGAUUUUAACUGAAAUUAAAGCAAUCAAUGACAUAAUUAUGUUAUUGGUGGUGGGGGGUUGACAUUGACUUCUUCACGACCGAAAUAUAGGGCCAAUUCGAAUUACGUGAUGACGUAAUAAAAGGGCUGCGGUAUCCAGAAUUAACGGCAAUAUAGUUUACAAGCUAAAAACUGAGGCUAAAACUCGCGCACAUGUACAACUUUUGGUGAAUUUCAAGAGUAUGCGUACUGAAAAUAUUUUUAAUAAAGUGAAUAUUCCUCUUUCUUUACUUUAUCCGAUUGAUAAGACGCAAACAAUCAGGGGCAGCGUAAGGAUUGACACGUAUUGGGGAUAAUCACUGGCCGGCCACGGAAAUAUGGAGCGUUAGUGAGGAUCGGCCAUCACUGCGUUCAAUAUCGGAACUACGGAAAAGUGAAGGUAAAUUCAUGGUCAAUUUAAUAAAAACUAAGGACAGCGUAACAAAUAUUACAAGUGUACGCGAAAACAAUUACUUUCAAUCCCACCUGGUGACACCCUGUGUGACAUGAUAACGCAACGCAAAUAGCGUGACAUGAGCGCAUAUGUCUGUGUAUUUGGACUGCAUUUCUCAAGCGAAACCCUCUGUUUUUCUCUAUUGUCGGCAGGAAAAAUGAAAACAGAGCUUUAAAACGUGAACUGGUAUCUGACUCUCAAAGAAAACGACAGCUCAAACUGAGGAAAACACUGCUUCCUUCGUGAUACAACGGUUAACCACGUUUCGGCAAACGGAAAGUAACAUUAGUCUGUUAUGACCUCUUAAUGCCGAUAUGUUUUCUCGUGGUUAACCGUUAAAACUCCUUAUUUGCACCACAUCGCUGCAAUGUUGCUCGCCAAGAAUAAGUAUUGCAAAGCACUUUCUACAUAGCGAGAUCUUCUUUUGCCUUUUGUGAGGAAUUAGGGGCAUGAAAACGGAAAAUUUUCCAGCUCACGGCCGUCAUCGAUCACGUGCCAAUCCCGCUCUCCUUGUCAUCAAGUGAACUUCUGGGCCACAGUAAUUGUUUUUUUGGUGAGAUACAGACUGGUCUGUCUAUCUUGAAAACAAUUUCUUUAGCAUUAUGUGAUUUAGGAGCUGGGAAAUGAACUAGAAUAAAUGAAUAACUGGCAGGCGGUCAUCUAAAAUCAUUACAAAAGUACAUUCCUAACCUGUUCUACGCCUACCUACGCUAAAGGUUUGGAUCUGUUAGGUUUGAAAAGGUCUCAAAAAAAAGAAAAACACUUAUAGGGCAUAGCAGAAACGGCUGGCCCAUCAUUUAUGAGGUUCAUAUCCUGUAUAUUGCUCACGUCCUUUCACCAAUGGCACAAGUCAGUGUCGAAAAUAAUGCAUGUCCGCUCCGUUUAAUACUCUGCAGUAUUUCAUUAUCUUAAGUUGACUAUUCAUGCACACAAGAACAAUUUUCAUUGUACCUUGGUGUUUCCAUCAUUUUUCCACUAGUGUUAAUACUUGUGAAAACAUUACAUCCGCAGCAACGGCAGUGAUCACAACACAAAUGAUUUCCUCUCCACCCGACAGGGUAUCAGGAACGCGCGCGGGAGUACAAGAUUAAGUAAUGACAUACGCGUAGUACAUUUUACUGUACGUGUACUACAAAUCACGACGAAAAUUUACAAAUGGUUGUUUGUACACAAACAAUUUGGCCCAUAGAGUAACGUCAUGGCACAACAAUUCAGCAGCGUCAAAAAUCUAGCCGGAAAACAUAGAUACAUAUUUCAGACAAUCAACAAAAGUAGUUGACACACUUGUUUAGAACGGGUGCUUUUAUCAAACAUUUACUUCAUUUAUUAUUUCAUUCCUUUUAAACGCCAUAAAUCCCCUCACCCCUGAAUCAAUGUUGUCUGAAAAAAGAAAGAGUUGAGGGUCCAAAAUACAACAUUGAUUUUGGGGGCGAGGGGUGGAGGUAGACAGGGAAGGGGAUAGUCCAGUAUUCAAAAAGGGGCCAUUUUACGAAAGUGUCUCAAACUUUUGUCCCUCAUUGUCUGAAUGCAAAAUUGUACUACUGCACACAAGUUGAGCUCUGUAUGACAAUGAUUUUAACUGAAAUUAAAGCAAUCAAUGACAUAAUUAUGUUAUUGGUGGUGGGGUUGACAUUGACUUCUUCACGACCGAAAUAUAGGGCCAAUUCGAAUUACGUGAUGACGUAAUAAAAGGGCUGCGGUAUCCAGAAUUAACGGCAAUAUAGUUUACAAGCUAAAAACUGAGGCUAAAACUCGCGCACAUGUACAACUUUUGGUGAAUUUCAAGAGUAUGCGUACUGAAAAUAUUUUUAAUAAAGUGAAUAUUCCUCUUUUUUUUACUUUAUCCGAUUGAUAAGACGCAAACAAUCAGGGGCAGCGUAAGGAUUGACACGUAUUGGGGAUAAUCACUGGCCGGCCACGGAAAUAUGGAGCGUUAGUGAGGAUCGGCCAUCACUGCGUUCAAUAUCGGAACUACGGAAAAGUGAAGGUAAAUUCAUGGUCAAUUUAAUAAAAAACUAAGGACAGCGUAACAAAUAUUACAAGUGUACGCGAAAAAACAAUUACUUUCAAUCCCACCUGGUGACACCCUGUGUGACAUGAUAACGCAACGCAAAUAGCGUGACAUGAGCGCAUAUGUCUGUGUAUUUGGACUGCAUUUCUCAAGCGAAACCCUCUGUUUUUCUAUUGUCGGCAGGAAAAAUGAAAACAGAGCUUUAAAACGUGAACUGGUAUCUGACUCUCAAAGAAAACGACAGCUCAAACUGAGGAAAACACUGCUUCCUUCGUGAUACAACGGUUAACCACGUUUCGGCAAACGGAAAGUAACAUUAGUCUGUUAUGACCUCUUAAUGCCGAUAUGUUUUCUCGUGGUUAACCGUUAAAACUCCUUAUUUGCACCACAUCGCUGCAAUGUUGCUCGCCAAGAAUAAGUAUUGCAAAGCACUUUCUACAUAGCGAGAUCUUCUUUUGCCUUUUGUGAGGAAUUAGGGGCAUGAAAACGGAAAAUUUUCCAGCUCACGGCCGUCAUCGAUCACGUGCCAAUCCCGCUCUCCUUGUCAUCAAGUGAACUUCUGGGCCACAGUAAUUGUUUUUUUGGUGAGAUACAGACUGGUCUGUCUAUCUUGAAAACAAUUUCUUUAGCAUUAUGUGAUUUAGGAGCUGGGAAAUGAACUAGAAUAAAUGAAUAACUGGCAGGCGGUCAUCUAAAAUCAUUACAAAAGUACAUUCCUAACCUGUUCUACGCCUACCUACGCUAAAGGUUUGGAUCUGUUAGGUUUGAAAAGGUCUCAAAAAAAAAAAACACUUAUAGGGCAUAGCAGAAACGGCUGGCCCAUCAUUUAUGAGGUUCAUAUCCUGUAUAUUGCUCACGUCCUUUCACCAAUGGCACAAGUCAGUGUCGAAAAUAAUGCAUGUCCGCUCCGUUUAAUACUCUGCAGUAUUUCAUUAUCUUAAGUUGACUAUUCAUGCACACAAGAACAAUUUUCAUUGUACCUUGGUGUUUCCAUCAUUUUUCCACUAGUGUUAAUACUUGUGAAAACAUUACAUCCGCAGCAACGGCAGUGAUCACAACACAAAUGAUUUCCUCUCCACCCGACAGGGUAUCAGGAACGCGCGCGGGAGUACAAGAUUAAGUAAUGACAUACGCGUAGUACAUUUUACUGUACGUGUACUACAAAUCACGACGAAAAUUUACAAAUGGUUGUUUGUACACAAACAAUUUGGCCCAUAGAGUAACGUCAUGGCACAACAAUUCAGCAGCGUCAAAAAUCUAGCCGGAAAACAUAGAUACAUAUUUCAGACAAUCAGGGACAAAAGUAGUUGACACACUUGUUUAGAACGGGUGCUUUUAUCAAACAUUUACUUCAUUUAUUAUUUCAUUCCUUUUAAACGCCAUAAAUCCCCUCACCCCCUGAAUCAAUGUUGUCUGAAGUAAAAGAAAGAGUUGAGGGUCCAAAAUACAACAUUGAUUUUGGGGGCGAGGGGUGGAGGUAGACAGGGGAAGGGGAUAGGUAAGUCCAGUAUUCAAAAGGGGCCAUUUUACGAAAGUGUCUCAACACUUUUGUCCCUCAUUGUCUGAAUGCAAAAUUGUACUACUGCACACAAGUUGAGCUCUGUAUGACAAUGAUUUUAACUGAAAUUAAAGCAAUCAAUGACAUAAUUAUGUUAUUGGUGGUGGGGUUGACAUUGACUUCUUCACGACCGAAAUAUAGGGCCAAUUCGAAUUACGUGAUGACGUAAUAAAAGGGCUGCGGUAUCCAGAAUUAACGGCAAUAUAGUUUACAAGCUAAAAACUGAGGCUAAAACUCGCGCACAUGUACAACUUUUGGUGAAUUUCAAGAGUAUGCGUACUGAAAAUAUUUUUAAUAAAGUGAAUAUUCCUCUUUCUUUACUUUAUCCGAUUGAUAAGACGCAAACAAUCAGGGGCAGCGUAAGGAUUGACACGUAUUGGGGAUAAUCACUGGCCGGCCACGGAAAUAUGGAGCGUUAGUGAGGAUCGGCCAUCACUGCGUUCAAUAUCGGAACUACGGAAAAGUGAAGGUAAAUUCAUGGUCAAUUUAAUAAAAACUAAGGACAGCGUAACAAAUAUUACAAGUGUACGCGAAAACAAUUACUUUCAAUCCCACCUGGUGACACCCUGUGUGACAUGAUAACGCAACGCAAAUAGCGUGACAUGAGCGCAUAUGUCUGUGUAUUUGGACUGCAUUUCUCAAGCGAAACCCUCUGUUUUUCUCUAUUGUCGGCAGGAAAAAUGAAAACAGAGCUUUAAAACGUGAACUGGUAUCUGACUCUCAAAGAAAACGACAGCUCAAACUGAGGAAAACACUGCUUCCUUCGUGAUACAACGGUUAACCACGUUUCGGCAAACGGAAAGUAACAUUAGUCUGUUAUGACCUCUUAAUGCCGAUAUGUUUUCUCGUGGUUAACCGUUAAAACUCCUUAUUUGCACCACAUCGCUGCAAUGUUGCUCGCCAAGAAUAAGUAUUGCAAAGCACUUUCUACAUAGCGAGAUCUUCUUUUGCCUUUUGUGAGGAAUUAGGGGCAUGAAAACGGAAAAUUUUCCAGCUCACGGCCGUCAUCGAUCACGUGCCAAUCCCGCUCUCCUUGUCAUCAAGUGAACUUCUGGGCCACAGUAAUUGUUUUUUUGGUGAGAUACAGACUGGUCUGUCUAUCUUGAAAACAAUUUCUUUAGCAUUAUGUGAUUUAGGAGCUGGGAAAUGAACUAGAAUAAAUGAAUAACUGGCAGGCGGUCAUCUAAAAUCAUUACAAAAGUACAUUCCUAACCUGUUCUACGCCUACCUACGCUAAAGGUUUGGAUCUGUUAGGUUUGAAAAGGUCUCAAAAAAAAAGAAAAACACUUAUAGGGCAUAGCAGAAACGGCUGGCCCAUCAUUUAUGAGGUUCAUAUCCUGUAUAUUGCUCACGUCCUUUCACCAAUGGCACAAGUCAGUGUCGAAAAUAAUGCAUGUCCGCUCCGUUUAAUACUCUGCAGUAUUUCAUUAUCUUAAGUUGACUAUUCAUGCACACAAGAACAAUUUUCAUUGUACCUUGGUGUUUCCAUCAUUUUUCCACUAGUGUUAAUACUUGUGAAAACAUUACAUCCGCAGCAACGGCAGUGAUCACAACACAAAUGAUUUCCUCUCCACCCGACAGGGUAUCAGGAACGCGCGCGGGAGUACAAGAUUAAGUAAUGACAUACGCGUAGUACAUUUUACUGUACGUGUACUACAAAUCACGACGAAAAUUUACAAAUGGUUGUUUGUACACAAACAAUUUGGCCCAUAGAGUAACGUCAUGGCACAACAAUUCAGCAGCGUCAAAAAUCUAGCCGGAAAACAUAGAUACAUAUUUCAGACUGUCUGAAUGCAAAAUUGUACUACUGCACACAAGUUGAGCUCUGUAUGACAAUGAUUUUAACUGAAAUUAAAGCAAUCAAUGACAUAAUUAUGUUAUUGGUGGUGGGGUUGACAUUGACUUCUUCACGACCGAAAUAUAGGGCCAAUUCGAAUUACGUGAUGACGUAAUAAAAGGGCUGCGGUAUCCAGAAUUAACGGCAAUAUAGUUUACAAGCUAAAAACUGAGGCUAAAACUCGCGCACAUGUACAACUUUUGGUGAAUUUCAAGAGUAUGCGUACUGAAAAUAUUUUUAAUAAAGUGAAUAUUCCUCUUUCUUUACUUUAUCCGAUUGAUAAGACGCAAACAAUCAGGGGCAGCGUAAGGAUUGACACGUAUUGGGGAUAAUCACUGGCCGGCCACGGAAAUAUGGAGCGUUAGUGAGGAUCGGCCAUCACUGCGUUCAAUAUCGGAACUACGGAAAAGUGAAGGUAAAUUCAUGGUCAAUUUAAUAAAAACUAAGGACAGCGUAACAAAUAUUACAAGUGUACGCGAAAACAAUUACUUUCAAUCCCACCUGGUGACACCCUGUGUGACAUGAUAACGCAACGCAAAUAGCGUGACAUGAGCGCAUAUGUCUGUGUAUUUGGACUGCAUUUCUCAAGCGAAACCCUCUGUUUUUCUCUAUUGUCGGCAGGAAAAAUGAAAACAGAGCUUUAAAACGUGAACUGGUAUCUGACUCUCAAAGAAAACGACAGCUCAAACUGAGGAAAACACUGCUUCCUUCGUGAUACAACGGUUAACCACGUUUCGGCAAACGGAAAGUAACAUUAGUCUGUUAUGACCUCUUAAUGCCGAUAUGUUUUCUCGUGGUUAACCGUUAAAACUCCUUAUUUGCACCACAUCGCUGCAAUGUUGCUCGCCAAGAAUAAGUAUUGCAAAGCACUUUCUACAUAGCGAGAUCUUCUUUUGCCUUUUGUGAGGAAUUAGGGGCAUGAAAACGGAAAAUUUUCCAGCUCACGGCCGUCAUCGAUCACGUGCCAAUCCCGCUCUCCUUGUCAUCAAGUGAACUUCUGGGCCACAGUAAUUGUUUUUUUGGUGAGAUACAGACUGGUCUGUCUAUCUUGAAAACAAUUUCUUUAGCAUUAUGUGAUUUAGGAGCUGGGAAAUGAACUAGAAUAAAUGAAUAACUGGCAGGCGGUCAUCUAAAAUCAUUACAAAAGUACAUUCCUAACCUGUUCUACGCCUACCUACGCUAAAGGUUUGGAUCUGUUAGGUUUGAAAAGGUCUCAAAAAAAAGAAAAACACUUAUAGGGCAUAGCAGAAACGGCUGGCCCAUCAUUUAUGAGGUUCAUAUCCUGUAUAUUGCUCACGUCCUUUCACCAAUGGCACAAGUCAGUGUCGAAAAUAAUGCAUGUCCGCUCCGUUUAAUACUCUGCAGUAUUUCAUUAUCUUAAGUUGACUAUUCAUGCACACAAGAACAAUUUUCAUUGUACCUUGGUGUUUCCAUCAUUUUUCCACUAGUGUUAAUACUUGUGAAAACAUUACAUCCGCAGCAACGGCAGUGAUCACAACACAAAUGAUUUCCUCUCCACCCGACAGGGUAUCAGGAACGCGCGCGGGAGUACAAGAUUAAGUAAUGACAUACGCGUAGUACAUUUUACUGUACGUGUACUACAAAUCACGACGAAAAUUUACAAAUGGUUGUUUGUACACAAACAAUUUGGCCCAUAGAGUAACGUCAUGGCACAACAAUUCAGCAGCGUCAAAAAUCUAGCCGGAAAACAUAGAUACAUAUUUCAGACUGUCUGAAUGCAAAAUUGUACUACUGCACACAAGUUGAGCUCUGUAUGACAAUGAUUUUAACUGAAAUUAAAGCAAUCAAUGACAUAAUUAUGUUAUUGGUGGUGGGGUUGACAUUGACUUCUUCACGACCGAAAUAUAGGGCCAAUUCGAAUUACGUGAUGACGUAAUAAAAGGGCUGCGGUAUCCAGAAUUAACGGCAAUAUAGUUUACAAGCUAAAAACUGAGGCUAAAACUCGCGCACAUGUACAACUUUUGGUGAAUUUCAAGAGUAUGCGUACUGAAAAUAUUUUUAAUAAAGUGAAUAUUCCUCUUUCUUUACUUUAUCCGAUUGAUAAGACGCAAACAAUCAGGGGCAGCGUAAGGAUUGACACGUAUUGGGGAUAAUCACUGGCCGGCCACGGAAAUAUGGAGCGUUAGUGAGGAUCGGCCAUCACUGCGUUCAAUAUCGGAACUACGGAAAAGUGAAGGUAAAUUCAUGGUCAAUUUAAUAAAAACUAAGGACAGCGUAACAAAUAUUACAAGUGUACGCGAAAACAAUUACUUUCAAUCCCACCUGGUGACACCCUGUGUGACAUGAUAACGCAACGCAAAUAGCGUGACAUGAGCGCAUAUGUCUGUGUAUUUGACUGCAUUUCUCAAGCGAAACCCUCUGUUUUUCUCUAUUGUCGGCAGGAAAAAUGAAAACAGAGCUUUAAAACGUGAACUGGUAUCUGACUCUCAAAGAAAACGACAGCUCAAACUGAGGAAAACACUGCUUCCUUCGUGAUACAACGGUUAACCACGUUUCGGCAAACGGAAAGUAACAUUAGUCUGUUAUGACCUCUUAAUGCCGAUAUGUUUUCUCGUGGUUAACCGUUAAAACUCCUUAUUUGCACCACAUCGCUGCAAUGUUGCUCGCCAAGAAUAAGUAUUGCAAAGCACUUUCUACAUAGCGAGAUCUUCUUUUGCCUUUUGUGAGGAAUUAGGGGCAUGAAAACGGAAAAUUUUCCAGCUCACGGCCGUCAUCGAUCACGUGCCAAUCCCGCUCUCCUUGUCAUCAAGUGAACUUCUGGGCCACAGUAAUUGUUUUUUGGUGAGAUACAGACUGGUCUGUCUAUCUUGAAAACAAUUUCUUUAGCAUUAUGUGAUUUAGGAGCUGGGAAAUGAACUAGAAUAAAUGAAUAACUGGCAGGCGGUCAUCUAAAAUCAUUACAAAAGUACAUUCCUAACCUGUUCUACGCCUACCUACGCUAAAGGUUUGGAUCUGUUAGGUUUGAAAAGGUCUCAAAAAAAAGAAAAACACUUAUAGGGCAUAGCAGAAACGGCUGGCCCAUCAUUUAUGAGGUUCAUAUCCUGUAUAUUGCUCACGUCCUUUCACCAAUGGCACAAGUCAGUGUCGAAAAUAAUGCAUGUCCGCUCCGUUUAAUACUCUGCAGUAUUUCAUUAUCUUAAGUUGACUAUUCAUGCACACAAGAACAAUUUUCAUUGUACCUUGGUGUUUCCAUCAUUUUUCCACUAGUGUUAAUACUUGUGAAAACAUUACAUCCGCAGCAACGGCAGUGAUCACAACACAAAUGAUUUCCUCUCCACCCGACAGGGUAUCAGGAACGCGCGCGGGAGUACAAGAUUAAGUAAUGACAUACGCGUAGUACAUUUUACUGUACGUGUACUACAAAUCACGACGAAAAUUUACAAAUGGUUGUUUGUACACAAACAAUUUGGCCCAUAGAGUAACGUCAUGGCACAACAAUUCAGCAGCGUCAAAAAUCUAGCCGGAAAACAUAGAUACAUAUUUCAGACUGUCUGAAUGCAAAAUUGUACUACUGCACACAAGUUGAGCUCUGUAUGACAAUGAUUUUAACUGAAAUUAAAGCAAUCAAUGACAUAAUUAUGUUAUUGGUGGUGGGGUUGACAUUGACUUCUUCACGACCGAAAUAUAGGGCCAAUUCGAAUUACGUGAUGACGUAAUAAAAGGGCUGCGGUAUCCAGAAUUAACGGCAAUAUAGUUUACAAGCUAAAAACUGAGGCUAAAACUCGCGCACAUGUACAACUUUUGGUGAAUUUCAAGAGUAUGCGUACUGAAAAUAUUUUUAAUAAAGUGAAUAUUCCUCUUUCUUUACUUUAUCCGAUUGAUAAGACGCAAACAAUCAGGGGCAGCGUAAGGAUUGACACGUAUUGGGGAUAAUCACUGGCCGGCCACGGAAAUAUGGAGCGUUAGUGAGGAUCGGCCAUCACUGCGUUCAAUAUCGGAACUACGGAAAAGUGAAGGUAAAUUCAUGGUCAAUUUAAUAAAAACUAAGGACAGCGUAACAAAUAUUACAAGUGUACGCGAAAACAAUUACUUUCAAUCCCACCUGGUGACACCCUGUGUGACAUGAUAACGCAACGCAAAUAGCGUGACAUGAGCGCAUAUGUCUGUGUAUUUGGACUGCAUUUCUCAAGCGAAACCCUCUGUUUUUCUCUAUUGUCGGCAGGAAAAAUGAAAACAGAGCUUUAAAACGUGAACUGGUAUCUGACUCUCAAAGAAAACGACAGCUCAAACUGAGGAAAACACUGCUUCCUUCGUGAUACAACGGUUAACCACGUUUCGGCAAACGGAAAGUAACAUUAGUCUGUUAUGACCUCUUAAUGCCGAUAUGUUUUCUCGUGGUUAACCGUUAAAACUCCUUAUUUGCACCACAUCGCUGCAAUGUUGCUCGCCAAGAAUAAGUAUUGCAAAGCACUUUCUACAUAGCGAGAUCUUCUUUUGCCUUUUGUGAGGAAUUAGGGGCAUGAAAACGGAAAAUUUUCCAGCUCACGGCCGUCAUCGAUCACGUGCCAAUCCCGCUCUCCUUGUCAUCAAGUGAACUUCUGGGCCACAGUAAUUGUUUUUUUGGUGAGAUACAGACUGGUCUGUCUAUCUUGAAAACAAUUUCUUUAGCAUUAUGUGAUUUAGGAGCUGGGAAAUGAACUAGAAUAAAUGAAUAACUGGCAGGCGGUCAUCUAAAAUCAUUACAAAAGUACAUUCCUAACCUGUUCUACGCCUACCUACGCUAAAGGUUUGGAUCUGUUAGGUUUGAAAAGGUCUCAAAAAAAAAAAAAACUUAUAGGGCAUAGCAGAAACGGCUGGCCCAUCAUUUAUGAGGUUCAUAUCCUGUAUAUUGCUCACGUCCUUUCACCAAUGGCACAAGUCAGUGUCGAAAAUAAUGCAUGUCCGCUCCGUUUAAUACUCUGCAGUAUUUCAUUAUCUUAAGUUGACUAUUCAUGCACACAAGAACAAUUUUCAUUGUACCUUGGUGUUUCCAUCAUUUUUCCACUAGUGUUAAUACUUGUGAAAACAUUACAUCCGCAGCAACGGCAGUGAUCACAACACAAAUGAUUUCCUCUCCACCCGACAGGGUAUCAGGAACGCGCGCGGGAGUACAAGAUUAAGUAAUGACAUACGCGUAGUACAUUUUACUGUACGUGUACUACAAAUCACGACGAAAAUUUACAAAUGGUUGUUUGUACACAAACAAUUUGGCCCAUAGAGUAACGUCAUGGCACAACAAUUCAGCAGCGUCAAAAAUCUAGCCGGAAAACAUAGAUACAUAUUUCAGACUGUCUGAAUGCAAAAUUGUACUACUGCACACAAGUUGAGCUCUGUAUGACAAUGAUUUUAACUGAAAUUAAAGCAAUCAAUGACAUAAUUAUGUUAUUGGUGGUGGGGUUGAGAUUGACUUCUUCACGACCGAAAUAUAGGGCCAAUUCGAAUUACGUGAUGACGUAAUAAAAGGGCUGCGGUAUCCAGAAUUAACGGCAAUAUAGUUUACAAGCUAAAAACUGAGGCUAAAACUCGCGCACAUGUACAACUUUUGGUGAAUUUCAAGAGUAUGCGUACUGAAAAUAUUUUUAAUAAAGUGAAUAUUCCUCUUUCUUUACUUUAUCCGAUUGAUAAGACGCAAACAAUCAGGGGCAGCGUAAGGAUUGACACGUAUUGGGGAUAAUCACUGGCCGGCCACGGAAAUAUGGAGCGUUAGUGAGGAUCGGCCAUCACUGCGUUCAAUAUCGGAACUACGGAAAAGUGAAGGUAAAUUCAUGGUCAAUUUAAUAAAAACUAAGGACAGCGUAACAAAUAUUACAAGUGUACGCGAAAACAAUUACUUUCAAUCCCACCUGGUGACACCCUGUGUGACAUGAUAACGCAACGCAAAUAGCGUGACAUGAGCGCAUAUGUCUGUGUAUUUGGACUGCAUUUCUCAAGCGAAACCCUCUGUUUUUCUCUAUUGUCGGCAGGAAAAAUGAAAACAGAGCUUUAAAACGUGAACUGGUAUCUGACUCUCAAAGAAAACGACAGCUCAAACUGAGGAAAACACUGCUUCCUUCGUGAUACAACGGUUAACCACGUUUCGGCAAACGGAAAGUAACAUUAGUCUGUUAUGACCUCUUAAUGCCGAUAUGUUUUCUCGUGGUUAACCGUUAAAACUCCUUAUUUGCACCACAUCGCUGCAAUGUUGCUCGCCAAGAAUAAGUAUUGCAAAGCACUUUCUACAUAGCGAGAUCUUCUUUUGCCUUUUGUGAGGAAUUAGGGGCAUGAAAACGGAAAAUUUUCCAGCUCACGGCCGUCAUCGAUCACGUGCCAAUCCCGCUCUCCUUGUCAUCAAGUGAACUUCUGGGCCACAGUAAUUGUUUUUUUUUGGUGAGAUACAGACUGGUCUGUCUAUCUUGAAAACAAUUUCUUUAGCAUUAUGUGAUUUAGGAGCUGGGAAAUGAACUAGAAUAAAUGAAUAACUGGCAGGCGGUCAUCUAAAAUCAUUACAAAAGUACAUUCCUAACCUGUUCUACGCCUACCUACGCUAAAGGUUUGGAUCUGUUAGGUUUGAAAAGGUCUCAAAAAAAAAAAACACUUAUAGGGCAUAGCAGAAACGGCUGGCCCAUCAUUUAUGAGGUUCAUAUCCUGUAUAUUGCUCACGUCCUUUCACCAAUGGCACAAGUCAGUGUCGAAAAUAAUGCAUGUCCGCUCCGUUUAAUACUCUGCAGUAUUUCAUUAUCUUAAGUUGACUAUUCAUGCACACAAGAACAAUUUUCAUUGUACCUUGGUGUUUCCAUCAUUUUUCCACUAGUGUUAAUACUUGUGAAAACAUUACAUCCGCAGCAACGGCAGUGAUCACAACACAAAUGAUUUCCUCUCCACCCGACAGGGUAUCAGGAACGCGCGCGGGAGUACAAGAUUAAGUAAUGACAUACGCGUAGUACAUUUUACUGUACGUGUACUACAAAUCACGACGAAAAUUUACAAAUGGUUGUUUGUACACAAACAAUUUGGCCCAUAGAGUAACGUCAUGGCACAACAAUUCAGCAGCGUCAAAAAUCUAGCCGGAAAACAUAGAUACAUAUUUCAGACUGUCUGAAUGCAAAAUUGUACUACUGCACACAAGUUGAGCUCUGUAUGACAAUGAUUUUAACUGAAAUUAAAGCAAUCAAUGACAUAAUUAUGUUAUUGGUGGUGGGGUUGACAUUGACUUCUUCACGACCGAAAUAUAGGGCCAAUUCGAAUUACGUGAUGACGUAAUAAAAGGGCUGCGGUAUCCAGAAUUAACGGCAAUAUAGUUUACAAGCUAAAAACUGAGGCUAAAACUCGCGCACAUGUACAACUUUUGGUGAAUUUCAAGAGUAUGCGUACUGAAAAUAUUUUUAAUAAAGUGAAUAUUCCUCUUUCUUUACUUUAUCCGAUUGAUAAGACGCAAACAAUCAGGGGCAGCGUAAGGAUUGACACGUAUUGGGGAUAAUCACUGGCCGGCCACGGAAAUAUGGAGCGUUAGUGAGGAUCGGCCAUCACUGCGUUCAAUAUCGGAACUACGGAAAAGUGAAGGUAAAUUCAUGGUCAAUUUAAUAAAAAACUAAGGACAGCGUAACAAAUAUUACAAGUGUACGCGAAAACAAUUACUUUCAAUCCCACCUGGUGACACCCUGUGUGACAUGAUAACGCAACGCAAAUAGCGUGACAUGAGCGCAUAUGUCUGUGUAUUUGGACUGCAUUUCUCAAGCGAAACCCUCUGUUUUUCUCUAUUGUCGGCAGGAAAAAUGAAAACAGAGCUUUAAAACGUGAACUGGUAUCUGACUCUCAAAGAAAACGACAGCUCAAACUGAGGAAAACACUGCUUCCUUCGUGAUACAACGGUUAACCACGUUUCGGCAAACGGAAAGUAACAUUAGUCUGUUAUGACCUCUUAAUGCCGAUAUGUUUUCUCGUGGUUAACCGUUAAAACUCCUUAUUUGCACCACAUCGCUGCAAUGUUGCUCGCCAAGAAUAAGUAUUGCAAAGCACUUUCUACAUAGCGAGAUCUUCUUUUGCCUUUUGUGAGGAAUUAGGGCAUGAAAACGGAAAAUUUUCCAGCUCACGGCCGUCAUCGAUCACGUGCCAAUCCCGCUCUCCUUGUCAUCAAGUGAACUUCUGGGCCACAGUAAUUGUUUUUUGGUGAGAUACAGACUGGUCUGUCUAUCUUGAAAACAAUUUCUUUAGCAUUAUGUGAUUUAGGAGCUGGGAAAUGAACUAGAAUAAAUGAAUAACUGGCAGGCGGUCAUCUAAAAUCAUUACAAAAGUACAUUCCUAACCUGUUCUACGCCUACCUACGCUAAAGGUUUGGAUCUGUUAGGUUUGAAAAGGUCUCAAAAAAAAGAAAAACACUUAUAGGGCAUAGCAGAAACGGCUGGCCCAUCAUUUAUGAGGUUCAUAUCCUGUAUAUUGCUCACGUCCUUUCACCAAUGGCACAAGUCAGUGUCGAAAAUAAUGCAUGUCCGCUCCGUUUAAUACUCUGCAGUAUUUCAUUAUCUUAAGUUGACUAUUCAUGCACACAAGAACAAUUUUCAUUGUACCUUGGUGUUUCCAUCAUUUUUCCACUAGUGUUAAUACUUGUGAAAACAUUACAUCCGCAGCAACGGCAGUGAUCACAACACAAAUGAUUUCCUCUCCACCCGACAGGGUAUCAGGAACGCGCGCGGGAGUACAAGAUUAAGUAAUGACAUACGCGUAGUACAUUUUACUGUACGUGUACUACAAAUCACGACGAAAAUUUACAAAUGGUUGUUUGUACACAAACAAUUUGGCCCAUAGAGUAACGUCAUGGCACAACAAUUCAGCAGCGUCAAAAAUCUAGCCGGAAAACAUAGAUACAUAUUUCAGACAAUCAGGGACAAAAGUAGUUGACACACUUGUUUAGAACGGGUGCUUUUAUCAAACAUUUACUUCAUUUAUUAUUUCAUUCCUUUUAAACGCCAUAAAUCCCCUCACCCCCUGAAUCAAUGUUGUCUGAAGUAAAAGAAAGAGUUGAGGGUCCAAAAUACAACAUUGAUUUUGGGGGCGAGGGGUGGAGGUAGACAGGGGAAGGGGAUAGGUAAGUCCAGUAUUCAAAAAGGGGCCAUUUUACGAAAGUGUCUCAACACUUUUGUCCCUCAUUGUCUGAAUGCAAAAUUGUACUACUGCACACAAGUUGAGCUCUGUAUGACAAUGAUUUUAACUGAAAUUAAAGCAAUCAAUGACAUAAUUAUGUUAUUGGUGGUGGGGUUGACAUUGACUUCUUCACGACCGAAAUAUAGGGCCAAUUCGAAUUACGUGAUGACGUAAUAAAAGGGCUGCGGUAUCCAGAAUUAACGGCAAUAUAGUUUACAAGCUAAAAACUGAGGCUAAAACUCGCGCACAUGUACAACUUUUGGUGAAUUUCAAGAGUAUGCGUACUGAAAAUAUUUUUAAUAAAGUGAAUAUUCCUCUUUCUUUACUUUAUCCGAUUGAUAAGACGCAAACAAUCAGGGGCAGCGUAAGGAUUGACACGUAUUGGGGAUAAUCACUGGCCGGCCACGGAAAUAUGGAGCGUUAGUGAGGAUCGGCCAUCACUGCGUUCAAUAUCGGAACUACGGAAAAGUGAAGGUAAAUUCAUGGUCAAUUUAAUAAAAAACUAAGGACAGCGUAACAAAUAUUACAAGUGUACGCGAAAACAAUUACUUUCAAUCCCACCUGGUGACACCCUGUGUGACAUGAUAACGCAACGCAAAUAGCGUGACAUGAGCGCAUAUGUCUGUGUAUUUGGACUGCAUUUCUCAAGCGAAACCCUCUGUUUUUCUCUAUUGUCGGCAGGAAAAAUGAAAACAGAGCUUUAAAACGUGAACUGGUAUCUGACUCUCAAAGAAAACGACAGCUCAAACUGAGGAAAACACUGCUUCCUUCGUGAUACAACGGUUAACCACGUUUCGGCAAACGGAAAGUAACAUUAGUCUGUUAUGACCUCUUAAUGCCGAUAUGUUUUCUCGUGGUUAACCGUUAAAACUCCUUAUUUGCACCACAUCGCUGCAAUGUUGCUCGCCAAGAAUAAGUAUUGCAAAGCACUUUCUACAUAGCGAGAUCUUCUUUUGCCUUUUGUGAGGAAUUAGGGGCAUGAAAACGGAAAAUUUUCCAGCUCACGGCCGUCAUCGAUCACGUGCCAAUCCCGCUCUCCUUGUCAUCAAGUGAACUUCUGGGCCACAGUAAUUGUUUUUUUGGUGAGAUACAGACUGGUCUGUCUAUCUUGAAAACAAUUUCUUUAGCAUUAUGUGAUUUAGGAGCUGGGAAAUGAACUAGAAUAAAUGAAUAACUGGCAGGCGGUCAUCUAAAAUCAUUACAAAAGUACAUUCCUAACCUGUUCUACGCCUACCUACGCUAAAGGUUUGGAUCUGUUAGGUUUGAAAAGGUCUCAAAAAAAAGGAAAACACUUAUAGGGCAUAGCAGAAACGGCUGGCCCAUCAUUUAUGAGGUUCAUAUCCUGUAUAUUGCUCACGUCCUUUCACCAAUGGCACAAGUCAGUGUCGAAAAUAAUGCAUGUCCGCUCCGUUUAAUACUCUGCAGUAUUUCAUUAUCUUAAGUUGACUAUUCAUGCACACAAGAACAAUUUUCAUUGUACCUUGGUGUUUCCAUCAUUUUUCCACUAGUGUUAAUACUUGUGAAAACAUUACAUCCGCAGCAACGGCAGUGAUCACAACACAAAUGAUUUCCUCUCCACCCGACAGGGUAUCAGGAACGCGCGCGGGAGUACAAGAUUAAGUAAUGACAUACGCGUAGUACAUUUUACUGUACGUGUACUACAAAUCACGACGAAAAUUUACAAAUGGUUGUUUGUACACAAACAAUUUGGCCCAUAGAGUAACGUCAUGGCACAACAAUUCAGCAGCGUCAAAAAAAAUCUAGCCGGAAAACAUAGAUACAUAUUUCAGACAAUCAGGGACAAAAGUAGUUGACACACUUGUUUAGAACGGGUGCUUUUAUCAAACAUUUACUUCAUUUAUUAUUUCAUUCCUUUUAAACGCCAUAAAUCCCCUCACCCCUGAAUCAAUGUUGUCUGAAGUAAAAGAAAGAGUUGAGGGUCCAAAAUACAACAUUGAUUUUGGGGGCGAGGGGUGGAGGUAGACAGGGGAAGGGGAUAGGUAAGUCCAGUAUUCAAAAAAGGGGCCAUUUUACGAAAGUGUCUCAACACUUUUGUCCCUCAUUGUCUGAAUGCAAAAUUGUACUACUGCACACAAGUUGAGCUCUGUAUGACAAUGAUUUUAACUGAAAUUAAAGCAAUCAAUGACAUAAUUAUGUUAUUGGUGGUGGGGUUGACAUUGACUUCUUCACGACCGAAAUAUAGGGCCAAUUCGAAUUACGUGAUGACGUAAUAAAAGGGCUGCGGUAUCCAGAAUUAACGGCAAUAUAGUUUACAAGCUAAAAACUGAGGCUAAAACUCGCGCACAUGUACAACUUUUGGUGAAUUUCAAGAGUAUGCGUACUGAAAAUAUUUUUAAUAAAGUGAAUAUUCCUCUUUCUUUACUUUAUCCGAUUGAUAAGACGCAAACAAUCAGGGGCAGCGUAAGGAUUGACACGUAUUGGGGAUAAUCACUGGCCGGCCACGGAAAUAUGGAGCGUUAGUGAGGAUCGGCCAUCACUGCGUUCAAUAUCGGAACUACGGAAAAGUGAAGGUAAAUUCAUGGUCAAUUUAAUAAAAAACUAAGGACAGCGUAACAAAUAUUACAAGUGUACGCGAAAACAAUUACUUUCAAUCCCACCUGGUGACACCCUGUGUGACAUGAUAACGCAACGCAAAUAGCGUGACAUGAGCGCAUAUGUCUGUGUAUUUGGACUGCAUUUCUCAAGCGAAACCCUCUGUUUUUCUCUAUUGUCGGCAGGAAAAAUGAAAACAGAGCUUUAAAACGUGAACUGGUAUCUGACUCUCAAAGAAAACGACAGCUCAAACUGAGGAAAACACUGCUUCCUUCGUGAUACAACGGUUAACCACGUUUCGGCAAACGGAAAGUAACAUUAGUCUGUUAUGACCUCUUAAUGCCGAUAUGUUUUCUCGUGGUUAACCGUUAAAACUCCUUAUUUGCACCACAUCGCUGCAAUGUUGCUCGCCAAGAAUAAGUAUUGCAAAGCACUUUCUACAUAGCGAGAUCUUCUUUUGCCUUUUGUGAGGAAUUAGGGGCAUGAAAACGGAAAAUUUUCCAGCUCACGGCCGUCAUCGAUCACGUGCCAAUCCCGCUCUCCUUGUCAUCAAGUGAACUUCUGGGCCACAGUAAUUGUUUUUUUGGUGAGAUACAGACUGGUCUGUCUAUCUUGAAAACAAUUUCUUUAGCAUUAUGUGAUUUAGGAGCUGGGAAAUGAACUAGAAUAAAUGAAUAACUGGCAGGCGGUCAUCUAAAAUCAUUACAAAAGUACAUUCCUAACCUGUUCUACGCCUACCUACGCUAAAGGUUUGGAUCUGUUAGGUUUGAAAAGGUCUCAAAAAAAAGGAAAACACUUAUAGGGCAUAGCAGAAACGGCUGGCCCAUCAUUUAUGAGGUUCAUAUCCUGUAUAUUGCUCACGUCCUUUCACCAAUGGCACAAGUCAGUGUCGAAAAUAAUGCAUGUCCGCUCCGUUUAAUACUCUGCAGUAUUUCAUUAUCUUAAGUUGACUAUUCAUGCACACAAGAACAAUUUUCAUUGUACCUUGGUGUUUCCAUCAUUUUUCCACUAGUGUUAAUACUUGUGAAAACAUUACAUCCGCAGCAACGGCAGUGAUCACAACACAAAUGAUUUCCUCUCCACCCGACAGGGUAUCAGGAACGCGCGCGGGAGUACAAGAUUAAGUAAUGACAUACGCGUAGUACAUUUUACUGUACGUGUACUACAAAUCACGACGAAAAUUUACAAAUGGUUGUUUGUACACAAACAAUUUGGCCCAUAGAGUAACGUCAUGGCACAACAAUUCAGCAGCGUCAAAAAUCUAGCCGGAAAACAUAGAUACAUAUUUCAGACAAUCAGGGACAAAAGUAGUUGACACACUUGUUUAGAACGGGUGCUUUUAUCAAACAUUUACUUCAUUUAUUAUUUCAUUCCUUUUAAACGCCAUAAAUCCCCUCACCCCCUGAAUCAAUGUUGUCUGAAGUAAAAGAAAGAGUUGAGGGUCCAAAAUACAACAUUGAUUUUGGGGGCGAGGGGUGGAGGUAGACAGGGGAAGGGGAUAGGUAAGUCCAGUAUUCAAAAAGGGGCCAUUUUACGAAAGUGUCUCAACACUUUUGUCCCUCAUUGUAGGUUGUUUCCGUACAGAAAACUCACUUCUUCUUUGUCAGCAGGUAUAGGAGCCUUAAGCCUUAUGUUUUUUAAUGAAAAUUUGUUGUUUUGCAAUCUUAUUGAAGCUUUUUUUAGUUCACUUAACCUGAAUUUUAUGCAUGAUGGCAUUGUUCUUUGCUUGUCGCAUCUCUUUGCCAGCCUAAAGUGGCGUCUUUGGUCCUUAAAGUGACCUCAAUCGGUAAUUAAAUCUUAUACAUAAUUGGAAAGAAGUUUUUGCAAUAAUGUAACGUUAACUUUGUUUGAAGGAAAUCUUACUUUAAUACGCGUAGGUUUUUAACAGGUGUUAUGCAUGUUCAACUUGACAACACAAAGCAAAAUUAAUUAAUCUGCCCGAAAUGAUCAAGUUUAAAAAACUAUGGUUGCUUUGAAAACGAUCUUGGGGAAGAUGUAGUAGAUAAAGAUUAACUCUUUUUCGGCCCAUAUAUCAACGCCAAAACUUGUACAUUGAGGAUUUUGUUUAUAUUUUAGUGAUCUGCAAAGCUAGAAGUGUCCGAUCGAGUGUGGGUUUUAAAAUAUCAGCAUGAGUGCAACAAAGUUCAGGGACUUCAAACACAUUGUGGGCAAACUUGAAUUUCUUUGGGCAGAUUAUUAUACAAAGUUAUUUUGUUUUUGUGUUCACGGUGGAGCUCCGGACCCUAAUCAGACUUACACACGCACAUUUCCAGUACAACUCAAGGAAAUUAGUAAAUGUCGUUAAAGUCCGUUUUACUAUGAUGUAUUCUUCGAAAAAAUUAAAUAAUAAGAAGAUUAUAACCAUAGCUUGCAACUUUUGAAGACAAAUUGCCUGUUAUUUCCAGGUUUAUGGCCGCACAAACCACUUCCAUGCCAAGUCGACUCGAAAAACUGUUUUGAAUUUCCCGCUUUUUUUCACCUGACCAACAUUGACGUCACAAGCUGUUUUUUCCGACAAUUUUUCCAACCGCUCUACGAAGAUAAGGGCCAAAAAACAGCAAUUUUUAAUUGCGAAUAUCUCGUAGACACUUGCUUCAAUUGAGCUGAAACUUCAUAGUAUGUUUAUUUGGUUCAUAUUAAACACAUUUCACUGGAAUUGAACUAAAAUAAAAAAGGUCGAAAUUUUGGUUCAUUUGACCUUGAAGUCCCAAUAGUGACCAACAUCAAUUUUCUCCUAACAACAUCCAUACAUAGUCAAGAGGGAGGAUUAUGAGAAUGAAUUAAAUGAUCACCAAAGAGAAAAUGCCUUGAUUUUUUAUUUAAAAUUCUCUCACCUAAUUCUUAAAGGAAAUUUAUGGAGAUCAGUGUUUGGAGAAUUUGUUUGUGGAUAUUGGGGCUUGAAGGGUUAAUGCGGACAUUGAAUGGGUCAUAGAAAGUGUCCAAUAAAAUUAAUUUUGUUAUUAACCUAGUUUGCUUCUCAAUUUCCUUUGUCUCCAAGUCCUAGUUCAUGAAUAAUUUUAGGGCUAGGAGACAAAGGAAAUUAAGAAUCACCCUGGGUUAAAAAAUUUUUACCUCAAUUUAAUUUUGACCUGUAAAAGAUCUUUCUAUAGGUAACCUUCUGUUAAACCUUACACUGGACGAAAAAACGGAUUUACUAAUGUUUGCGAAAGGUGCAAAUAUGUGGUAAAUUUGGAGCUCCAAAUUUGCAUUACAUUUGCGCUGGCGGCUAAAGUGUGGGCAAAUACAUAGAUUUGCUGGAUAGGUAUUGAUACGCAAAAGUCAAGUAAAUGUAAUGGUUUGAUACAAAUUUGAUACAUAUUUGCAGCAUGUGCAAAUAUUUGACAUUUCUACCAAUUUACUCAAAUUUACAUCCUUGGCAAAAAUGACAGUUUUCACUGUACUUCAAAUGCAGGCAAAAAUAUUGCAAAACCCCUAAUUUACAGUGGUGUUUGCUCUUGUUUUUCCAGGAUACCAAAAGAACACUUUUGCAUGUGGUUUACUCGUAUUUGCCUUAAGAGCGAAAACAAUAAAUUUCUAGACAUUUGGCUGUAUCAUAAAUUUGCACAUUUGCAUCAUAAUUAUCCAUAUUUGCAAGGGGAGCAAAUAUAGUGAACUGCACAACACUUGCUGACAGUCAAAGGUGAUGUGCAUGUGACAUUUCCUAUAUGUUUGAUUCGUUUUGUGACUAAAGUAAAUUUCCAAUCUCAACUGUAACAUUACAUUGUUACAAUAAAAUUUUGUACACGCUGUGAGACUCCGCCCAGAGAUCCAACCCCUUUCAUGCAUCUUUCCUGUUAACUGUUUUAUAUGCACUGUCAUUUUAAUAUAAAGGAAUCAGAAACCAGUUAAUUUUUUUGACAAUUUUACAGUCACAAAUUUUUUUGUUAGUCUUUUUACAGAGCGAAAUGACAGAUAGUCUACCUUCUCAUAUACUUUAACUCAGGAAAUCUCUAUCCUUUCAUACCUGAAGCAUCAAAAAGGUGUCCCUUUCUGACAGUGCCCCCGGCAUAAACCUUUCCCGGGCUUCUAAUUUAAAGCAAAUACACUAAUUCAAUGUACUGGUUAUUAAGGUCCAGCAUGACGAGAUUCGUAGAGGUCUGUACGUCAACAAGAUUUCGGUUCAACAAAGAACUCAAUUACAAAUUAGCCGCAUUAGAAGUCUUUCUGCCGAACCGGAAUGCAUUUGCCUUUGUGGCUUCUCUUAAAAUGUAUUGUACUUCGAGAAGAGUGAUUUUACGCAUUUCUUGCGAGGAAAUUUUCCAUUGCAUAUUUUGUUACUUCUAUUUAUUAAACACUAAUGGCCAGUCAUUUAGCCUGUAUAUUAAAAUAGCGUCAUAAUGAAGCCAUCUUCAGUUUGCCCAACGCUUUUAUCAACCCCAUUUAUCUUGAACAAUUCAAUAAAGCAUAUAAGGCAGACUGGGAAAGCACUUAUUUUCUUAGGUUAACCCACCAAGAAAGAGGCCUGGAGGUCCAAUGAUUUCUUAAACCGCGGGCUAAGGUAGCCCGUAAUGGUUUGAAAGUACUGUCACUCUAUUUUCUUUUCGCUUCGACUCGCAGAAGUGAGAGUUCAAGGAGACAUGCGGUUUUCUCGAGUCCGUUUUAGAAGCGGCCUUAACGAAAAGGUUACUACACUACCGGGAUUAAAACAUUGUGGAAGUAUUAAUUUAAAGCCGCGGAGUGUUUUCCCCAACAUUGAAUAAUAUUACUUCUAACUUUCUGCGAUAACGCUGCAAAAGUUUUCAAAUUGUUUUUCAACCGAAUAGGCUGCGAAUUUAAUGCGAUGAUCAUGUUCACUUUCAUACCUUCAUCCGCAUUUCAUAUAUUUCAAUCCGUGCUUACAAGAUCUCCCUAAUUUUAUGUAAACGCAAGGCUUUUUUCGGAAUCUUCAUUCAAGGCCAGAACUGACACUAACCCAGCGCUAAACGGAAACUGCCUUAUGCAACACUGCAAAAACUUUUAAAAUUGACGCGCUACUCGCGCUGUUUUGAAGGCCUCACUGGAUCUGGAUGGGGUUAAAUUCAAACGUAAGCGAAACACUUGCAAUAUUUGAAAGAGCACUUGAGCAAAGCGAUACAAUACUGGGAACUAAAUGCUUAAACAAUGUCUUAAAAGUAAAACUCAUUUCUCUCUGAGACACCUGGAGUAUAAAAUUCUCACAGAGCCACAGCCUAAAAAGGCUAAGCUGCUCUGUUGCAUCGGAAAGGCCAAACGUUUUUUUCUUAAUGCUGGACAGAGAUUCAAACAGUAUCUGAAAGCACGUUUUUAGUUCCCUCUGAGACACCCGGAGAAUAAAAUUCUCACAGAGCCACAGCCUAAAAAGGCUAAGCUGCUCUGUUGCAUCAGGAAGGCCAAACGUUUUUUCUUAAUGCUAGACGGAGAUUCAAACAAUAUCUGAAAAGUGCGUUUUUAGUUCCCUCUGAGACACCCGGAGAAUAAAAUUCUCACAGAGCCACAGCCUAAAAAGGCUAAGCUGCUCUGUUGCAUCGGAAAGGCCAAACGUUUUUUUCUUAAUGCUGGACAGAGAUUCAAACGGUAUCUGAAAGCACGUUUUUAGUUCCCUCCGAGACACCCGGAGAAUAAAAUUCUCACAGAGCCACAGCCUAAAAAGGCUAAGCUGCUCUGUUGCAUCAGGAAGGCCAAACUGUUUUCCUUAAUGCUGGACAUAGAUGCAAACAAUAUCUGAAAAGUGCGUUUUUAGUUCCCUUUGAGACACCCGGAGAAUAAAAUUCUCACAGAGCCACAGCCUAAAAAGGCUAAGCUGCUCUGUUGCAUCAGGAGGGCCAAACUUUUUUCCUUAUUUAAUGCUGGACAGAGAUGCAAACAAUAUCUGAAAAGCACGUUUUUAGUUCCCUCUGAGACGCCCGGAGAAUAAAAUUCUCACAGAGCCACAGCCUAAAAAGGCUAAGCUGCUCUGUUGCGUCAGGAAGGCCAAACUGUUUCCUUGAUGCUGGACAUAGAUGCAAACAAUAUCUGAAAAGUGCGUUUUUAGUUCCCUCUGAGACACCUGGAGAAUAAAAUUCUCACAGAGCCACAGCCAUUUAACCAACAAACUUAAUUCAAAUUAAUACCAACAAUUUUAGUUUAACCGGUAUUUGUUGUAGUUUUGACUGCCCACCUAGAGAUGACCACAUCUCGAUGGCAAGUGACUACAUUUUGAAAACACAACAGCCAACACUACAACAAAAUAUGGUGAAACUGCUCACAAUUUUAUUUGAACAUUAACUCAGCCAACAAAUUUAUGAAAGGCUAAUUUUUCUUACUCUGUUGUUUGCAACCCUGAGUUUGAGUUUCACUGAUUUUAAUGUUGAUUUUGAGUUUUACUGUUCAUUAAGUACUACCCAUUCAAUCCAAAAAAGUCAUAGCAUUUUUGCUGGCUAAAAUUCACCUGAAUCCUGGUUAUUUGAUCUUGGGAUACAAGGAGCAGGGUUGUGGCUUCCCCCCCAAAAUUCUAAAUAUGAAUUCAGAUAUGAAAGUUUUAAAAAACAAAUUCAUUUGAAUUCCUUUUGUCAACAAUUUGGUGAUUUAAUACUUAAAAAAGAAAAGAGAAAAUUAUCUGACAAAAUGCUUUUGAUUAAAUGGAAAAAGAAACACGGGUUAAAAUCUAACCCUGGGUUAGUGCUAAUCGGUUUUUGGAACAACUGGGCCCCGUUUUUUUUUUUUUUGGUUCCAAUUCUAAAUCACAUAACCACUUCGAAGUGAGUCAAUGGUACAUAACCUGGGCAUGUGUUGCAUUCCUCUUCUGUCAUUUGAUAAUAGUAAAGCCUAGGGUUGCACAAUGGGCAGGGAUCUCCAAUUACUAAAACUAAAAAUUCAAAAUGACGCAGUAACUGUUGUAUACAGUUACAGAGGGCCCACACUACCUCCCCUUUACAUAAAGUAAAUACACCACAACAAAUCUACUGGACAAAGGUCCAGUAGUCAUAUCAUUUACUGUAUUUUUUGUACAUCAUAAUAUUAUUAUAAAAAGCUAACAAUAACAAGGCCACCCACAGUACCUUAAAUUUGGUCCAAGAAAAGAAGUUCUGUGCAUUUCAAAGUCAGGGUUAAGAUUAUUCACUUGUACACAAUUUCCUCAUGGCCAUUUAUUCAAGAAACUUCACACCAAAACUGACAAUUUUGUUCUUACCGCUAUUUGUUCUAGUUUUCACUGACUUACCUAUAAGAGAUGACCACAUCUUGAUGGUGAGCCUCCUAAAAAUGACCACAUUUUGAAAGCCCAACAGCCAAUACUACAACAAAUGGUGAAAUUGCUUUGUAUUUUAUAUAAUUUGUGAAUAGAAACUCAGCACAGACAUGAACGAAUAAUUUCUUUGCUGCUCUUUACAACCCUGAUUUUGAGUUUAAUAUGAUUUGUCUUUUUAAACUACUCAAACAGACUGGCGAGAUUUAUAUCAGCCUUCACUCAACAAAUUUAACAUGGUGCAUUUCUUCACUUAAACCUAAACUUCUUAGACCAACGGGGUUACACCUUCAAUAUUAUUAUACCCUUUUUCACUAAAUGAGUCGAAUUUUAAUAGAUUUAUUUAGUAUAGGAAUUCACACAGUAAGAUAACUUUUUGAUUUUCCUUUUUUAAUAGGAAUAUGAUAUUUUAUAAUUGCUGGACAAAAAAAGGUUCCAGCUAAAAAUUUGUUUUGAGCAGUGACAGAAGACAUGAAAUAAUAAAUCUGUCUGAAGGCAUUUUUUUUGCCCUUCUACAAAAUGACUUUCUACUUUCACUUUGCCACUAACUUUUGCCAUGACUUAUUAACGCCAAAUGAAAACAUAAUAUCUGAGGCAUAUUUCUGAAGCUAUAUGUCAGUGCAGUCAUGGACUGCUGUUUUAAAGGGGCAUCCGAUAGCAAGAUAGCCUUUCCAAAAUCAGUGAGCAUUGGGUGGUACAUAUUGUUUACCUCUGAAAGAAUAAUGUUGUCACUCUUUAUAUCUCUGUGGGGAAACCUCUAUGAGUGCAAAUGUUCUACAGCUUCAAAAAUUUCAGUACAUUAUGUUCCCCCACAGAACACUGUGAAAGGGACAUGUAUUUACUUAGCAGGGCACGGCAAAAAGUACAAGAAAAAUAAUACUGUAAAGAUGGUAAAAAUAUAACACAAGGAAGUACAUGUGAGGUUUCUUUUUUGUGACAUUUACCCCAAACAGAUGGGGUAUUCGUGGAUGGGAGCAUUCAGUAUAUAAGCUUCACUUUGGUUAUCUUGCCAAAAAAAGAGGAAAAAAUGAUUACUGUAAAUAAAUUGAGACCCACUGGAAUACCCCUGUAGCAUUUCUUCAUGCACAGACCACAAACAGCUUCCCCAUGUUGAACCUGUAUUUCAUUGACCUCUUUAUCUUUUGGAGAGUUCUGGUGAUGCAACUAAAUUUCAAGAACAUUGGAAAUAACUCCUGUACCACUCAAGGAAAAAUCUGAAACAAAAUGUACAAAAAAGUCACUAAACCCACUAAAAAUAACUGGUAAUUCUACCUUUAUUGAUAAUAUUGUGAAAUUAAAUGAAUUGUGUUACUUGCGUUGCCAUUAUCUUUAUGAACAUUAUAAAUACACAUGUGGCACAUUUUAGACCUUUGGACUCAGCUUACAUGUACAGCUGUAUCAUUAUAAACUAUCAUAAACAAAACAACCUUGUAUAUGAAAACAUGACAAAACAAAACAGAAAAAUGUCAGUAACGCAUAUACAAUUAAGCCUCCACCCUACCCCUGUCAAAAUCAAUGGUACAUGUACAUGUAUUGAGCUCAAUAUGUCAGUAUAGCGCCAGAGGUAGUAUAAAUUAUUCAAGAAAUUAAUCUGAGCUACUUCUGACAAAUACCAAUAAAUUAGCAUUUUAACAUUGCAUAACUACAUAUUUUGCUGACUUAACACCACUUAAAUUUUUCAACAAGGCUUUUUUCAGCUGGAUCACUACCAUACGCACGCGACACGCGUGCAACAAAUGUAAAUAUGGAUGCAAAUUAAUGUAGUUUAUUCCCGGUUAGAACAUAGAUGUGGCAGUAGAAGCACGAUAUACAAAGCAAAAUACAUCGACUUUACCUUUUAAAUUUCGAAUAUCCUUGAGAAGAAAUCCAGCAACAUAGGCAAUCUCUUCCUCCCGCCAAAUCGCCAAAAGACCGCGCGCCCAAUUUCCCAAGCAGUUGCGCCUCAGUGGUGCUGGUCAGCGACAGUCUGCAUAACCGUUCGAGAACGAGGCACAACAAUUGAAAUUUGCGCCCAAGACCGUUACGUUCCAUUGCCAUCGAUUUGCCAUCAGCUUUUACUUUAUACGGUUAACGCCAUAUUUAUCAAGAAGUUUCGAAUUUUCCUUCUUUGUGGGGUUGACUGUCGAGUAUGGAGGAAUCGGCUAGUCUUAUUUGUUCGAAUUUAUCGAACGAAUGUGUCCUCGAAGAACUUAUAAAAAUAAUCGCUCGAACUCGAGGGAACUGCAUACGUAUAGACCGUUCGACGAAAAGGAAAUUGCACUUAUCCACCAUGAAAGACAUCUAGAUAGCUCCAUCGGCGACGAUCAAGUAGUAACGAGUGGAUCCAAGAAAAGCAGCCGUUAGAACUUAGUACAUAGACUUCGGUGAAUCGUUGCUGUUAGCAGACAUUGUAAAACUAAGAAGAGGCAGGAGAAAUGCAAGGACAAACAAAUGCUGAGGGAGCAACUAAUCGGGAGUAAAAGAAAUGCUCAGUAAGUAUAAGAAAGUUCAUUGUUACUGUUUAGUGUUAAGCCAUUAAUGAUGCUAUUUGAUAAUACCUACAUUUGCGUUCCCAAUAUUCAGUAAUCAACAAGGACUCACCCCUACUCCUGAAACUGUAUUUGUCCUGUUGUUGUAAAAAAUACUGUAAUCUUUUGUUUGGUUGUUCUCUUCAGAUAAAUGGUCUUAGAAAAUUUAAUAAGAAUUGAAGCAAGUGUUAAUUCCGAUCCCUCUAUUAGGCCAAAAUUAACCUUAUCCUCUAGUGCCUACUUUCUCCAAAGGCUUUUCCAAAAUUUAAAAGGGGAGUAAAGGCAGUGACUGCCAUGGUGCUGAAAACAUAGAGUAGCUAGAAUUUAGAUCAUGGUACCCAGCUUUCACUGAUUGUUUUUUAUGAUCGCCCCAUGUAAGGGAUUCUGGAAUCCGGGAAAUUUUUGCUCAUGGAAUCCAGAAUUUGGGCAAUUUUUGUUGCGGAAUCCUAAAUUCUGAGCUUUGAAACCUGAAAUACAGGUCAAACGAUUGGAAUCCAGAGACCAAGUAAUCCACUGAAAAAGGUUCCGGAAUCCGCAGCGUGGAAUCCAGAAUCUAAAACUGUCUUGGAUUCCCUCAUAUAAGGCAAUUAUAGUAUAAUUAAACUUUUGUUCCCAAGAUACACUGUAAGUGAUGGCAAUAUUGCAGAAGAAGCAGGUCUAUGAAGUUUUAAGUAAUAUGCCAAUAAUGUUAUGGUAGUGAUGUAGUGGGACACUCACUAUAAAAUUAAUACAAUGAUUUACCUGGAGUCAAUUGUCUUGUUACAAAAGGGUUUCUCGCAUUCAUUUUUUCGUUUUGUUUUUGCUCAAAGAAGGUCUUAGUUUUAACAGGUACGGUGUAAUCAGGAUUAUGAUGACCGCUUGGGGUUAGAUUUGAGACAUGAAAGUUACGAGCCAGCAAUUUGUUUAAACUACUGUAAAAUUCCGAAAAUAACCCCCUCCAUGUAUAAGCCCCUCCAAAUAUAAGCCCCCCAAACCGGAAACGCAAAAAACCCUCCGUUAAAUCGCCCCUCCAAAUAUAAGCACCCGGGGGCUUGUACUUGGAAAAUUGCCCUCAAAUACAAAGUAAAACAAUGAGCAAAAAUGGUAAAUUUACUUCCAACUAUAAGGCUAGCCCAAUCGAGUUUGAAACGCAGAUUUCCCUCCGUAGAUAAGCCCCUCCGAAUAUAAGCCCCUCCAAAAAUAAGCCCCUCAAAAAGGGCCUUUGAAAAAUAUAAGCCCCGGGGCUUAUUUUUGGAAUUUUACGGUAGUUAAUUUUGAUAUCAGUUAACUCAGGAAACAAGUAAGUUUAGUCACCUAGUGUGACUGCAGCCAGUAAUAAUACAUGUAAUAUCUAACAGCAACCUUUAUGCUAUAAAAGGCUAGAAUAUUUAGACAGAAAAGGACAAUAGUAUUUUUCAUGACAACCAUCUACAGCUUUAGUUUCAAUAUUAAUGGUCUCAAUUAUGUAUAAUUUCUGUUUGUUGCAGAAAAAGCUAAAGAGACAACCCUUUUCCAGUCAACCUCUAUUUCGAAGAAGGAUUGUUGUAAGUUCAAAGCUUGUAUAAAUGUGGAGUACAUGUCUUCAGAGCAAGGCAAUACAGACCAAGGAGAUGACAAAUCUGAGAAAAGUGCUUUGCAGGAGGCCUCUAGCAUGGAGGAGUAAACAACUUAGCCUGUAAAAACCUCUUUGCCAAGCUGAACAGUAAAGCAAAAUUAAAACAGUCACAUGUAAGCCUGUCAUUACUCAAUGACAAUAGAAAGGAGGAAUGGCUUCUCCUCAGAGCAGGAGGCACCAGGUAAUGUUCCUGAAUUUGCUUUGUGAUAAGGAAAUAUAAGUUAAUCCCAGAUUAUUUAUGACUGGUCAUACUUACAGGUACAUGUACAUGUAGCUCUGCAAAUAUAGUAAUCCUUUAAUCACUCUCUGUUUAUGAUACUGUUUUUUAGAAAAAGAUAAAUCUGUGUAAACAGUACAAAUUCUGGUGGUGUUGAUUUGUCCUGAGAAUUCUGGUGGCAGGUCGAUCAAAUUGGUUGAUGUGAUAAAUUUUUCAUUAGAAUCCUUUGGCUAUUGUUUGCAAGUAAUGUAACAAAUGUUUCUUUUAAAUCUAUUUGCUUAACUGCAGGCAUUUGAGUUCUGCUGGCACUACUUCACAGUACAUGUGUACCGAUUACAGCAAUUAUUGCAACUGACCUGCUUGAACAAAAAACAAAACAAAUUUAGGUACACCCUGCUUUUUGUCAUGAUUUAGUAUGGAAUUUUGCAAAGGAUUGCAACAUGACUCAAGAAAAAGAGUGAUGAGAGACAGCAGUGUAGUUAUUUUGCAGGGCCUAUUUUUAACAAUACCUUUUUGGCCAGCCUUAUCCCCCUCCCUACUAAUUCAAGAGAUUUCUUUCUUAAAAAGUUGUUAAAAAAUGGUCCGCGUUAUCUCGCAUGCCUUUGCUCUGAGAAGGGAUGAUUCACUGGGACCAACUACAGUGACAAUGGUAAUGUUGACAUGCUGUGGAAUACUUACAGCUGGUCAUUACUUUAAUGACCCUCAAUUUUCUUAGAACAGGGCAAGUACUAGAAGCUCCGACAGGUACUUCCUCUAAGAGCAUAUCUAUACUAUACAAAAACCAUUAGCAACAAAAGUCUGAUCUGAAUUUGAAUAGCUACAUGUACCUAAACUAUUUCUUAGUUUGCUAAAUGCUAUAACCCAGUUGUUAUACCAGCAAAAAUUGUAAAUUGGUAGAAAGAAUUAGGCCUUUCAUUCUAAUAGAGCCUAAAGAAAAAAAUGCCACCAGAAUCAAAUUUUGUUUAAUCUGUAAAUAGCAAUAAAUACAAAAAUACUAAUUAUUUAUUAAAAUGGGUGUCUUGAGGGUUCCAUUUAGUUGGAACAGGAUUUUGUCCUUAGGUACAAAAGUUUAAGUAAGAAAUAGUCUUGUCAUACAUGUAAUUAAAUAUUGGUCCAAGGGUAAAAGGAUUUUUAACCUGUUUCUGAGUUGCAAAAACCUAAACAACUGAAAUAGGUUUGAGGCAACUCUGAAACGCCUACAGCUGUGUGUAGAAUAUCUUACACAUUUAGAUGAAGAACACUUUUCUUAUAAUAUUAAUAGUUAGUAAUGACCUGAUAGAGUAUAGAGUGGAGACAAGUAAACUUCAACGAACUGUAAAAUUAGGAAUUAAUAUGAAGAGCUGUAUGUACAGCUGUAUACUGUAGUUUGUAAAGUCUGUAAUAAUGUGUAAGCCACUUUGGUUUAUGGAAUAAAUCAUUUGAACAUUAGUGGGAGGUCACUGCUAGAAUUUCUUUCAGUAACUUUAAUGUUUGAAGCUAUAAACUUCAAGGUUAAAUUAUGGCCACUUGUUAAGAACCUGAAGUGAGCCAUGUUAUAAUUAAAAAUAAUUUUAAAAUUUUAUCGCAUUUGCUACAACCCAAGCAAACUCGUUUAAACCUUGGAAUUUACAUUUGCUCCUUGAGAAAACAUGCUCAAUUUUAUGGGUUUGAUGACAUUUGCUAACCUAAUUAAAGUCAGAAUUUGAUUACAUUUGCUACCUGAGCAAAAAAUUGUACAAUAGUAACAGUUUGAUCAGAUUUGCUGCCCAAGCAACUUUGUUCAAAACUUGACUUUUGACCCCAUUUGCCGCUACAAGCAAAAUUUUGUGUUUGAUCAAAUUUGCACACCCUAGAAAAUUUGUUCAAAGGUUAGGUUUGCUAACAUUUGCUUCGUGAGCAAACAUGUUUAAUGCAAAGAGUUUGAUUACAUUUGCUAUGCAAAGCAAUCUGGUUCAAUUAUGAAAAAUUGAUCACCCAUGAUAACCCAAGCAAACAUUGUUCAAAUUAGAUACUUCGCUCACAUUUGCAAAGCUGCGUAAACGUUCUGAAAAUAACAGGUUUGCAUGCUUUUACAUCUAAAGCAAAAGCUGUGCAAAACAGCAGAUUUGCGCUAUCAUUCGCGUAAUGUGCAAAUAUAGUUCAAAGAAACAUAUUUGCCUACACAUUUGAACCAUCUGCAAAUGACCCUCAAAUCCAUGGCUGCCCAUUAUCUUUACACCAAGAUGUAAAUGUUGUGCAAAUGUGGCAUUUACCGUCAUUGCUACGGAUAGCAAAUCUAGUGCAAUAUCAGUCUUUGCUCUUGCGCAAACUUGUGCAAAUGUGGUAUUUGCUACACAUUUGCUGUAAUUUGGCUACCCUAGUAAAUCCAUUUUUUCGUCCAGUGUUAAUUCCUUUUCAUGGUAUGAUGAGACUGCCUUAGCCUGCAUCGCAGACAUACAUGUAACCUAACCCUGGUCAGUAACGUCCGCAAAGCAGUGCUGAUAUCCUUAUUUUGGGCCCACAACUGAGUCAAUUAACUUCUGAACAUUUGUUUCAAUUUUUCCUUCAACCUAAUUGGCAAAUCAACUAUGACAUGCAAAUCAUGACACCCCUGGUACACUUUUGAAGGCCCAGAACAAGGAUAUUGAUGCUGUUUUGCAGGCAGAAUUAACCAGAAGUUUAGUUCUGUCUUUGAUGUGGGCUGCGAACUGCCAGUGACUUGAGCAGGUACAAAAACUCUUCGGUUUUUGAGGGGUGUGUUUUUACCCUUCAAAUGCCCAUAUCUGCCCAUGAGGAUCCCCAUCCCUUGCACUACUUGUGAUGUCAUUGGUUUGAAUGGUCAUAGACUAUUUUGACACCUACAACUCGAGCAGGAAAAAGAAAUCUUUCAUGAGCAUGAAUCAGGCAAACAGGCCAGAGAAAAAAUGUAAAAUGAACUUCUAAGAUUGACGAGAAAAUUGACUACUUACCCAUAGACAUACCGUGCACUUUCUACUGAAAAAUCAUUAAUUCACAACCCUUAUAAUUUUUGUUGAAACUUUUUCACCUGAGUGGGAGCCUAGUAAUAAUUUAUUGCCCCGGAGCCCAACCCAAAAAAAAAAAAUGAGGAAAGAAUUGCAAAAGAACUGGGAAGGAGAACUAAGUGAAAUGUAAAAGUAUCAACAUUUUGCCUUCUGGCCGUGCCUGAACUUCAGAAGCUGAUAUUUAGCAUCAGGAAGUGCUUGACUUAUAAACAGUGCAGUGCUUUGGGCUGUUUUGGUUCAUUUUGGCCAGUUAAUGAGCAGAAAAUGGAUCAACUACCUGUGGCCAAUAAGCUGGGGCCAACGCGUUUUAAAGCGAAAUUACUACAUUACUUACUUGUGCUUUUUAUUUUAUUUGCUGUAGGCCUCCAAGCUCUCGGACCUGUGAUGAACCUUUGCUCAACAUCUCAGUUGCAGGUGUUGUUUUUACAUUCGCUAUGAUAGGUACAGUGUACUUACUGCAUCUGGUGUUCCGUUAACUACGUACCAGUAAUUUUUAAAAACAAUGUGCAGGUCCAGAUCAUAUCCAUAACUUCCAGUUAAGAACCCACACACCUUUUGAAAUUCCAUUAUAAUUACAGCUAAACUUCAUCCAUUCCUUGGUGAGGGGGGAGCCCAAGGCUGUCAAAAAGUUUUUAAGUAGUAGGCUGAUAAUGUGUACUAGGCGGCUUUGGAACUUGCACCAAAGGCGCAAGUUCUUGAAGGCUGCGGCAUCAAGGGUCAUUUUGAAAUUUAGAGUCUCAGAAAUGGUGUUUCCAGGGGUUUUCAAGAGGUAUUUUCCAUCGCGGAUGCCAUCAAUGAGGUCAAGGAUAAAUUGAAGGUCUUAAUGCAAAAUCGUCCUUGUGAUAUGCAAAAUUUUGACCUGUGACUAUUAAUUUGCAGUAAGGUUCAACAUAUGUGCAAAAACACAUCUUCUUUCCUGGCAGUUUCUUUUGUAGUGCUAACGUCCAACAUGACACUGAGUUUCUUUCACCAAACAAUGAAUUUUUUUCAGCUAAUAAUAUGUCUCUGGUUAUAUUGAUCUGUGGCUACUACAUGUAGUAGCUCAGGGCUUGACAGUGGUCUAAACAUUCCCUUUCCAAUUGAAAUUUACAGACAACAAGAAAUUAUUCUAAACUGCCUACAAAUUGGCAGCAAAAUUUCUUGUAGCAUGACUAUGACUUUUAUUGUGGAUUUGCUUUUGUACUUUGACUUUUUGCUUGCUUAUUUUGCAUGUGCUGCAAAAUAUCUCACUAAAAGUGAGAUUAGUUGAUUAUCGCUCACCACUUCAUUACAUCCCGUCCUUUGUGCUAUAUCCUGGAAGCUACCGUGUGGCACAAAAUUUUUGAGGGUUAUAAUUUUUGCGAUUCUUCCAGCGAUCUGCAGAAAUAAGUUCCCACAAAUUAAAAUUACCACAAACAUUUUUCCUGCUAAAAUUUACUCCAGAGUAAAUAUUCUCUAACUUAAAUUCGCUACACAAAAAUACAGUACUAAGAAAUCAUGUCUGUUCAAUCAAAACUUGUCUCUUUCAUUCACAAACAAUGAAAUAAUGGUUUAUUGCUUGAAAAUAUGUAUUUCUAUCACACAUACUCAAUAAAAGUGAAAAUAUCAUCAAUGCUAUCUUCUGAGUACUUUCUAAAAAUUGUAAAAAUUAAUUCUCAGCAAGAAAAAUCAAUCUGUCCUAAUCGCGAAAAUUAGUUCCUGCAAAACACAAAAAAUCGCUAAUUUUGUGCUGCAUGGUAGUUGCAGCACCCCCUCCUCUUUAAUCCCCUCUGGUUUCAAUGUUGUAGAGUGCAUGCAGCUUUCUGAAGUGAAGUGCAACCCAACUAAACACCUUGUUUAAUCACAACAUGCACAUGACAUGCCAUUCUACAAAAUACACUAUCCAUUGUUAUUUUCAUUUGACCUUACUCAACAAAGAACAACAUUGUCUGGGGGAGAGGGGUGGGGGCUGCUUUUCCCUUGGGGAGGGGAAAGGGGGUAGUCAUAGCAUGUGUUUUUGCUUAUAUUAUACAUGUACAUAAAUACUGUAACAUGAACUUGUGCAGCAACAUGUGGAGUCAAUGCAGGUCCAUUUUUAUUUUUACUCUCAGCUUUUACAUUUUUAUUCGCAAUCAUGGAACCUGUGCCAUGGCAGCUUAAGAUUGCAUUUCAUUUCUUUGGCUUUGGAUCCCUCAUUCUUGGCAUGGUACUGUUUGCAUCAACAUUUGCCUCUGAAUUAUGUGUGAGUGUUUUCUUGUUGUUGUUUUUUAUGGGAACCUUAGAGUUAAAAAGUACAGUUUGACUCCCGAUAACUCAAACCUUCUAGGGAGACCAAAAAAAGUUUGAGUGAUCAGGAACUCGAGUGCGAGGCAAAGAACUGGAAACAGGGAAAGAAGCAAAUGGAUUGGGAGGGAAUGCAAGUGUCAUGCACUCUCUACUUCAAAGGCAGCAUUGGAUGACAUAAAAAUUGUUAUUUCUAAAAAGGAAUUAAGCAACAAAUCUUGAUUAAUAUAGAGGGAUGGACAAAGAAUUGACAUGGUUGUUUUGAAAUAAAAGAGAGAUAAAGCAUUGUGUUUACAGCAACCGGCAAACAUAAGAUUCUAGUUGUAAAAUUUUCAGAUAUGGAAAGAAUUAGUGUGAACCUAUGGAUUUUCGUGUAGUUAUAAUGAACUGUAAAUGAUAAGUAAUAAUUAUGGAAAACUUUGUCACAUGGUACAAAUUCACAGUUGCAGUAAAUGCGAUGCUUAAUCUCUCUAAAUUCAAUUUUUCAGACUUCAGUACAAUGUUUUUUUUUCCAACUUUUUAUGCGCUUAAAGCAUGGUUCGGGUUAUCAAGGGUAAAAUUAUGUAGAAAUGACUUGAAAGGAAACAAAAAUUACUUCGAGUUUGCGGGAGGUUCUAGUUAUCAUGGGUAAAAUUACAGUAAAUGUGUAAAGGAAAUCCAAGAGAAAUCAACUUUAGUUCGAGUUAGCACGAGGUUUGAGUUAUCAGGAGUCAAGUGUAUGCCAAGUGCAUUUGUUAAGUUAUAUAAGCAUGCAGGAAGUGGGAACAUCCUCACAAUCCCAGGUGUUCUCAAUAGUUGCCAAUAAAAUGGAGUUUAUUAAUUUUGGUUCUCCCUGCAAAGUUUACAUAACAAAAUCCCCAGAAAAACCCUGAAGGAUCUUGAAAGUAGAGGGAAAGUGGCCUAAUGCAAUUUAAUAGUAAUACCAAAGCAAAUCCUACAAAUUUAGGUCCCAGCUCCCCAAGAAACGAAAAAUACUGGAUCACAACCCGUUCAAAAACACCCAGGCCCCAUUCUCAAACACACAGGGUGCAAAGAAAAUCAUUUUUACAGCUUGUCAUUCGGGCAAGCUGAAGCUAGCAUUUACUAGCCCACAAGUCAUUUCAACUAGCCCCAUGGCAAAAGUUUUUUGACGAGCAGAAUUGAUUUCACAGUUCUUCUGUUAUUCAGAUUCCUCAAAAAACAUCACUUGCUCGUCGAGCAAGUUAAAAGCAGAAUUCACUAGCCAGAUAGCAAAAUCCACUAGCCCCGGGCUAUCUGACACUACUUUCUUUGCUGAAACGCUGAACACAGCACCUCAGAUAGUGCAAACUUCCAGUCACAUGGCCUAUUGCUAACAUAUCCUGACAUUGCAGCGAGGUACACUAUUAAAGUCACUGUGAAUAAUUCUCCUUUGUUCUUUCUCUUGUUUAGCAAGGAUAUGCUCCUGAGUUGUACUAUUUAUGUCUGUCAUUUGGGAUAUUUGCUCUUCUUACAACGGGUAGGUUUGACACGUGUGUUGAGCUUCUAUCUCGUUAGGCAAAUAGUCUAAAAAAAACUGGUACAUGGAGAUGUUGUACAUUGUACCCGUGUAUGAUUAAAUUUUAGUGAUGAGUUUAACUUGUUGCAGUGCUCGAAUUUGUUAAAGAUUGUAUAGUUGCUGUUUUGUGAGACGUAUAGGAGACACCAAGGCCACUGGUUGAGUUUAAUAAUAAGCUUACAUUGUGUAAAUUGUGGUCUAAUUGUAACAGUGGCGUACUAGGUGGUCUUAGGGAACAAUUUACUUUUUUGAAAUCUAAGCUGAGAGAUAAAAGAAGCGUGAUGGAGUUAGAAAAAAAAUACUAGUUUCAAAGCUCUUGUUCUCACCCCUCUUUAUAUGAAAAAUUUUGCUACCAUGGUAACGUGACGUCACACUUCUCCUCUCUAUUGACCAAGCUUGUUCAGUCUAUAUUGGCCUCUUCCUUUUUUUGCGUAUUUAUUGGCGUCGAUUUCGUCUCAGUCAAUAAAAACGCAAAAAAGAACUUACCCAAUAUCAAUCUUGACCUCACACUAACAAUAACAAAUAUAUAUACACCUAAUUGCAAUAACGUUGUCACAGAGCAUUACAAAAAACUGAAUUAGGCACUCUCACUACAAUCAGGGAUGUCAGACUAAAGAAUGAAACAGAAAACAUCAGUGGCCAUUUAAACUUUGCUUAACUCAACUGAUGUCAGAUUAAAGUACUGCAAAUGUGUUUACAGGAUUAUCGAAUUAUCAAAAGGUGUUUUGCAUGGCUACACUAAUUAAUUCCUAUUUGUCUAUUUUUAUUUGUCUUUUGCUUUUUUUAUAACAACGUAAAUGCAAUUAGGUGUAUGUUGUGGUUCAAUUUUAUCUUUGGUUUUAAUUUUAUGCUCUUUUGUUUUUGGGUAUGAUAAUGUAUCCCCAUGAUAAUGAAUUUCUUUGAAACAAAGGAAAAUAAAUUUUAAACCAAGGAUAAAAUUGAACCACAACACAUAUAAAGACCCUUCUUGGCCGCUUGGAAAGUCAAUUAGAACACAGAAUUUGCUUCAACGUAUAGAUGCCAACAGUCCACAAGUGAAAAAUGUGAGGACAUAAUAAUUUUUCGUCCCUGCCGCGUAUACUUCCUCGCAUAAACGUUCGGUUGUUUGUCUCCCACCUUGGUUAAUAAGUCGUGUAAAGAACGUAACUGAGAAAUACAAAUUGUGAUUACCGUUAAGCGAAGUUAAUCUCUCUCUCAUGAAAGCACGGCCUUUUUUACCGCGCGGUUUUGUUCGUCACAAAGUCCAAGGGCCUCCUACCCCAAAUCGAUAUCCUCCUUUUAUUACCGCUUUAACAAUCGCGUAACACGAGAUUUGAGAUUUUACGGGUUUAAAAGGUGAAAGUGAAGCAUAUGAAUAAAUAGAUAUCGCAUUAAUGCACACACUUUAGGCUAGCCCGAUCCUAGUAUCCUAUUCUACAUUGGAGGCGUUCGAAGGGGAAUAGAAAAGUAGAAGUUCGGGUGCACGUGGAAGUAGGAAGGGAUUCCCCUUCUCUAACUCCCCACCCCCUACUUUUCCCCAACGCACCCGCACUUAGGUAUGCGGUUUUACAGUAAGUGUGUUAUGCUCUUCAUCGCUAGUCUCCUUCGCAGCCGUUAUUAGGGUCGUCACGUAACGCUCUUCCCUACUGGUGGGGAGGAGAGUUGUGUGACGACCCUAAUAACGUCUGCGAAGAAGACUACUUCAUCGUUGCCCAUUAUAAACUGUACUCAAUACAAAAAUUCUGUUGUUUUACAGGAUUUCUGGUCAUCAUGCUCCCGUUUUGGUUGAUGAACUAUCUGUGGCCAGAUUCUGUUCUCAACCGACGUGAACGGCGAGGAAUUUGCUAUGAGCCUGUAAAAUGCUGCACUUGUCUUUGGCAUAUUUAG